AGCAGGCCUCAGGCUCUGAGCUGUCAGCACAGAGCCCAACAUGGGGCUUGAAGCCACAGACUUUGAGAUCAUGACAUGAGCCGAAGCCAGACGCUCAACUGAACCACCCAGGCGCUCCAUAACUUCAAGUGUAUUUUAUUCUUACUGAAAGCAUUUGUCUCCAGCACAGAGGUCAGAGAUCCAUAACAGCCGUCAUUUCUGCCUCAACACUUCCCUCCAUUGAGGAGUACCUGUGAGAGCCUUACCUCUCCCUUUGGGGACUGCUAACUAGCCUCCCCUAUUGUAGUAUUAACUAGUCAAGUAACUCGUUAAGUCAUUCAUUCAGUUAAUAUUUUACUAAGCAACUAUUGAACAUAAAUGAAUGGAACGAUUUUUGUCAAGUAGAUCACUGUAUAAUCAAAGAAAAAAAUGUAAACAGCUAAUUACACAGUAGAAGGUUAAUUGCUUUGAGACAUGCAUAAGAUAUUAUGGGGUCCUAUAAGUGGGGCAUUUGCUUGCCAGAGAGUCAGCACCUUCACUUGCCUCUGAGAGUGUUCUCUCAUGCUCCCACAACAUCAGAGGAUAUGUGCAUCCUGCUAAACCUCCCCCGCUCCCUCAUUUUCUCCUUUGCUUUUUAAGAAUCACCUCUCGGUUGCUUUAAGCCAGAACCGAGUGGAGCCUUUUAGCUUAUUCCUUUCAAAAGGAUGAUAAUCCCUGUCUCAAACACAUCUAAGCAAACUAAACUGAGGCUUUUCCUCAUACUAUUUCAUUAUUCAUACUGAAAUGGAAUAUUGGCAUAAAUUAAGUUAGGCAACACAUUGAAACACAGAAUACUUAAGCAAGUCUGAUUAAUGAGAAUACUCUUACCCCCUGAAAAUGUUUAACAGCCUUGUGUGCAUUAUUAGUAACAGCUAUUUAUUGAGUAAUUAGUAUGUGCCAGUCCCUGUUCUAAGAUAUUUAUAUGGAAAGAUCUAUGAUUCCAUCCUCACUACAGCUCUUUUAGUAGUUGCCAUUGUUAUUCUAAUUUUACUGGUGAGAAAACUGAGGCACAGAGGAGGAAAUUUGCUCGAGGUCAAGUAGAUGAUAAAGCCAAAAUUCAGUCUCAGGAAGUCUGAUUCCAGAGUUUUCACUUUUAACAAGUUUACAUUCUCCUUAGUAGCAAGUAGCCAAAUUAAAAUUUAUCGUUAUACAACACUAAAAAGUAUUCACAUUUUCUCUGGUUAUGGGUUAAUAUUUAUUUUAAAAUAAAUUUUAACCAUGGUCAUUGUGUUUCCCUUCAAUUUGCAUGUGCUGGGGAAGUGAGUGGUGAUACGCAGUAUAAUGAAUUGACAGUGACCAUGUUAGAAAUAUAGAUCCUGCUUGUUUAUUUGUGACAAGUCAUGUGAUUCUCGAGGGAUAAACCUGUUUAAACUGUUUAUAUGUUAAUAAUCUAAGCAAUUCUUUAAAAAAUGGAUGCUACCAUCUUUGUAAUAUUUAAACCAGUCUCUGGCAAAGAACAGGAUACACAUUAGAGAAUGAAUCUCUGCUUAGUGCCCCGCUCCAUGAAAAAUCCUUUCUCUUUUCUUUUUCCUCUCUCCUUCAUUAACCUUCUCCUGUUAAGUCUUUUUCUGCUUCUGUCUUCAUGUAACAGCCAUUUUGUCUCAACACAAAUCCUCAAGUAGGCUUUAUUAAAACACUCACAUAUUGUUUCUUCAUCUGUAAAAUGAGGCAUUGGAUUAGAUGAUCUUAAAGUUCCCUAUGGGAAGACUGAUCUAUCUGUAUAUUUGAUGAUGAUCUCAUUUUAUUAAGAAAAAAAUAUAGUAAUCUAUAACCAAGACACAUUAUGACAGUCAUUGAUGUAGAACAUUUUUACCCAGAAUUUAAAGUCUGAUUUUAUUCAUUAUGGAUUUUUUAAAAUUCACUAAACAGCUUCAAAGAAAAAAAAUAUUAGCUUUACUUUUUUGUGUGUGUGCAUAAUUUGCCUAUGUAAAAGGGGCUGUAUAAAUCUACCCAAUUUGAAGAUCUAAAUGCAUAAUCAAGGGGGUGUUUAUUGGAAAAUUUAUACUAAGUAACUGAUACCUUGGGAGUUUGAUUAAUUCAGGUCCCAAGAACAUGAUGACUAAAAUGCUAGAGACAAGUCCUUAUCCUUUUAAAAGGUACCCAAGUACAUCUUAUAUCUUCCCAAAUGUCCUUGACUCUUGAUUUUUGAAGCCCUAUUCAUCUCAACCACUUCCCUACUGUAGCAAACUGCAUCACACUAAACUCAUUCUCCUGUAUUUGUUAUGACAGUAUAUUUGUUAUGGAGCAGUGUAGAUUAUUAGCUUUCAGUAUUAUAAUAAAUGCUAAGGGAGUUAAGGUACUUUUGUAUUAGGAUUUUAAAAAAUCCUUACAUGUUUUAUCUCUUCAGCGCUCAGUAUUUUAUUAUAAAGUUUGCAAAGUCAAGUGGGCCAAUCCCCAUUGAUCCCGGCUACCCAUUCUCCUGUACCUUGGGUUAUAUGAUAGCAGUUAUUCCGUAAGAAUUUACCAGAUGUUGUAGAGCUAAGGGGAGCUAGUUAAAAAGAAAACAUUCCCUGCUCUUUAGGAGCUUAUAGAAAUAGGUGGGAUGCUGAUAAAUGAGAAUGUUAACAACUGCCUUCUGGGUUGUUGGAAGGGUUAAUAAGUGAGUAAAGAGUAACUGUAAUUAUAUGGUACUGUGAAAACCUGCACCACACUCAAAGCAAAGAUAUGCAUUCUGUUCUUCCGAAGAUAAGGUGUACAUAGUGUUAAAGCAAAUAAAACAAUGAGACAUGGGAGUAUGAAGGUAGAAUUUAUAUUGAUUGCUCUCUAUUCCAGAUAGUGAAACAUUGAAGUCCUGAGACCUUGAACUGCCUCGGGUCAGGACACAGCUAGUAGUGGUAGGAAAUGGAAAAACACAAUAUAUUGGGAUUCUCAUUAUUCAUGCUUCCCCCAAAUGUAUGUGUUGUUUGUUUGUUUGUUUGUUUGUUUUUGGGGUUUUGUGCGUGUGUGUGUGUGUGUGUGUGUGUGUGUGUAUUGUUUUUUUGCCUCCUGGUAGUUUGAAUGUCUUGGGAUAUAUUUCUUCAGUGCAAUAGUUGUAUUAAUCAUCAGAUUAUCAUUUGGUUAUUUUGUUAAAAAAUAGAGUUCUUUCUGGUUUUAAACCCACUGUCAAAUGAAUGUUCUGUGGUAACAAUAUGAAAAUAGCAAAAAAUAACCAUCUUUUACAUGUUCUGUCUUUGGAGUGUUAUCCUUAAAAGGAGAACUCAAUCUCUAUUUGCUUUUCAAAGGUACUGGAGAAUAGAGUCGCAUUUCUACCUAAUUUUCUCAGCUUUUCUGAUUUUCUGAUUGAUCUAGAAUCUCUUUUGGCCCUCCAGAACUUUAUUUCUUCAUCUAUAUCAGUGACCUAGUCUACAGAUCAUGUCAUGUUGAUUAUGAAGAUUAAUAGUUUGGUUGUUGAAAAGCCCAAUAGCUGAAAAGAAUUACAGAAAUUGAGGAGUCUUCCUUGGUCCUUUUUAAUGAUGCAGCUGCUAUAGAUUUUUUACCAUGAGCUGGAGAAAGUAAUAAGCUGGGUGAUUUGGUCACACAAUAAUCAUUUUGUUCUUGGGCUUUUCUAGACUUCAGUUAUUGUUUUAAUAUAUGUAUUUAAAAAUUCUUGAGUUUAGGUAUCAAGAAUUUUGGUUUAUCUUUUGGUUAAUCUUCAAAAAUAUGUUGUCUUUUGAAUAACUAAAGGAAAGUUACCUCAAGUGCUGGCGGAGGAUCUUUACCUUUUAUAGCAUAGUGUAUAUGCUCCAAAUAUCAUAUAAGCAUGCCAAAUCAAUGGUCACUAAAAUUCACUCUACUGAUGAUUUAGGGAGAAAAUGACUAGUAAUACAUUAUAUAUAAACAUUUAUUUUAAAGGGAAAGUAUGAUAGACUUGUCCUUCUUCAUAAAAUAUGCAAAUUUGUAUUAGAAAGAGUAUUUGUAUUCAGAAUCCAUACAACCUGUUAAAUGCCCUCAUGUACUCUCUUUGCCCUAUUUAUUUUCACUCAUGACUUGCUGUAGAUCAAAAAUUCUCUUAAGAAGUCUAGCAUGUGUGGAUGACUCAGUUGGUUAAGUGUCUGACUUUGGCUCAGGUCAUGACCUCGCUGUUUGUGAGUUCAAGCCCCACAUCAAGUUCUGUUCUGACAGCUCAGAGCCUGGAGCCUGCUGUUGAUUCUGUUUCUCCCUCUCUCUCUCUCUGCUCUCCCCCACUUAUGCUCACUGUCUCUCUCAAAAAUAGAUAAAUAAACUUAAAAAAAAAAGAAGUCUAGAAUCUCCAUAAAGAAUUUUGACAUAAAGUCUUGGGAUCCUGUUUUCCACUCCUCCUUGAACCUUUGGUGAUUUCAGGAAUGUGCCCAACAGUGGGGUCUUAAAGUUACCCUCUGUAUUAGUUUGUUCAUGGCUACUUUAACAAAUUACUUACAAAGUUGGUGACUUAAAACAUCAGAAAUAUAUUCUCUGAAAUUCUGGACCAGAAGUCCAAACUUAGUAUUGCUGGGCUGAAAUCAAGAUGCAUUUCUUCUGGAGGCUGUAGGGAAAAUGCAUAACCUUGUCUUUUUUAGCUUCUGGUGACUGCCAUCAUUUCUUGGCUUGUGGCUGCAUCCCUUCAGUCUCUGCUUCCACGGUCAUCUUGACUUGUCUUCUUGUAUCGGUGUGAAGUCUCCCUCUUAUAAGGUUACGUGUGAUUGCAUUUAGGGCCCAUCUAGAUAAUUUCCCCAUCGCAAAAUCCUUAAUUACAUCUGCAAAGUUCUAUUUUUCUAUAUAAGGUUAACAGUCAUAGGUUUCAGGGAGAGUAUGUGUGUACCAUUGGGUGGGGGAGUGCAUAUCAUCUUGUGUGCCUACUUUCCAUCUCCUGCUUUGUCUCCCUUCUCAUUUCUACCAGCAUCCUUAGCCAGACCAAGAAAGUACAAGAGGUAUCCAAAGACUUUACUUUCCUGGCCACCCAUACUUUAGACUUUAGAUGGAACAAUUGGACAAGUAAUAUGAUAGAUCCAAGUAUUAAUACUUUAUAGGAUUGGAUAAGACUAGGUCCAUGAGCAGUGGUGUGCAGAUUUGUAUAUUUUCUUUGGCCUGAUUCACAUAAUUUCCAUCUUAAUCCUAAGAACACUUGCCUGAAGAGACCCAGUUCUGCCUUCCUCAGUGUUAACCUUCCUCCAUCAUUUUGCCUAAGGCAAGGACAUCCCAACAGCUCAAUCAAAUGUCAAUUCCCUGUCACACUCCAUUCAGGAAAACUGUAUGCUGCAGCAAUGGGUCUUGAGUGUUUAUUCUUAUGCUACAUAAUGAAGAGGGACAUUGCAGAAAGGUGGCUAUGGGGAAAACAUCUGGAAGAAAUAAAUUUCCUAGGAUCAAAGGGCUCCGUGUGCAGCCCAGAGGGUCCUCAGGGUGCUCCUCAGAGCAAACAAACAAUUCUCUUGAUGAGUCACUGCAAUUUUUUUCUGCCAAAAGCCCACAUGUGUUGCAAGAUCUCAAGGAAAAGGGGUGGAGUAAGGAGAGAGAAGGAAAAUUAAAGAAGGCAAUGCAAGUGAUUUUUAAAAGAAUUUAACCAUAUGAAUGAAAGAAACCCUCAACACUGUAUCACUUAUUUUGCUGCAGAGUAAAAUGAAGUAUAACAAAAUAUUUUUUUAAACACACACAAAAAAACAGCAGGGCAGAAAAGGAUGUUGGGGAAGAAUACGGCACUCUGAAACAACGUAUUUUUUUGCUCUAAUGCAUGAAAACUGGCAGAGGAGGGUGAAGCCCAGGACUAUGUCCCAAACCCUAGCCAGUGGCAUUUUACUGAGAAAAAAAAGUUACUUAUGAAUCAGUACAGCCAUGCUUUGUUCUGCAUGAGUGUUUUAAUAGAGCGAGUGUAAUAUAAGGAUCAGGUGGGCUCGUGGGAAUGGAACAAAAGGUUUUGUAAAAUUAAAGCAAAAUAAUUAUAGCUCUAGGUGCAAAGCGAGCAUACUCCAGCAGUUGAUAGCAAGGACCUGCUCAGAAUGGAGAAGGGAGGGGGCAUGCUGGAAGUUUUUUCCUUUUUUUUUAUUCACUAACAAAGGCUUUUAAUAGGUAACAGUUGUAAAGCGUCUUUGAAAGUAAUUAAUGCACCCACACAAAAAUUUAUUAAAAUGAAAAUUUAAGGAAUUGUCUAAAGUGAAUUAAUUAACAAAAAAAGAACAUCAUGCCUUUCUUAUUUUUUAAAGAAGGAGAGAAGGUUAAGCAAAGCAGAUUUUUGUGAGAUUGGAUUUUAAAAUGUUCCUGGUUUAUUUAGUAUCUGAAUAGCCCUAAAAAGAGAGAGAGAGAGAGAGAGAGAGAGAGAGAGAGAGAGAGAGAGAGAGAGAGAUGGCAGGAUUUAUUAUCCAUCCCCUUUAGAAAUACUAAAUUGGGACAGACAUAAAAUGGGUAUUAAUUUGCUGUGUGUGAGGCUCAAAGUCCCUCAAAAUUAUGAUAUUUUCCGGUAAAAUGACCAAAGUUUUUAAAUAAGUUUUCAGAGGUCUGUAGGAAACAGAAUGUAGUGUUCACAAGAGGAGAAAGGUGAGUGUCUUUUUCUCCAGUGGCCUUCUCCAUUCUGCACUGCUCUUAACCAGGCCAUAUCAAGGCUAUAUCAAGUAUAGUAGAACUAUACUUCCUGUUAUGGCCUCAUGGAAUACAAAAGAAACGCUGCACAGUGUGUCAUUAGUAAUUUUUAGUGUAUUUUCUGUCUCUACAGAAAAAACAAUUAACUGCAUUUAUCCUGUUUCAACAAGAAUUUUUAAUCACUAUAUUUGUAUUUCCUCCUAUUUUCUUUGGUAUUAUUUCAUACUGUGAUAUAAUUAUAAAGUAGGAUAUGUACAACCUGCUGAGAAUUUACCCUUUACCAUGAGAAUCAUUUCUAGUUGAUUACAAAAGUAUCCAUUUUCAGCAUGUUGUUGUUAUACCUCAAAGAGUUUUAGGUUAUGAACUUGAGUAAAUCUUCCAAAGUCAAGUUCUAAACCUUCCAUGCUUAAAAAAAUCAUUGGAAGUUAUUGCCUUUCUUCCAAUAUUGUUAUAUUCUGUUGAAGCCAGAAUCUGGCUGUAUAAAAAUGUGAAUAAGAAAGAAAAUUAAUUUUGGAAGUUACUUGGAAAAAUAGCUCUGGUGAUGCCAUAUAAAAAUACAUAAUUGUAGGUUAGGAAAUAAUUUCCUUUAAAGAUACGGUUUUAAGACAACUCAUACAGCACACCCUAGUAUACAUAUGAUCUUUGAAUUUUAGGUAUGUUUGCUUGGAUUUCCUUUACCUUUUUUUAAGUGUCUCUUAAAUGACCAUUAUCAUCAUGUCUUUAUAAACCUGUGACUAUUCUAAGAUUUUUCUUUUUCUUUUUCAGGACAGGGAAUUUAAUUGGUGUGAGUAAUGUUACAUUGUUGGAUAGUAUUCUUGCCUGUGAGGAAAAAGCAUAUUUGUGAAGCUUCUUGGUGAGGACACUGCACUAAGCAGAUAGACAGUCUUAUGAUCUUUGUCCUUCAGUCCUGUGUCAUUUCACUUUCUCUAGGGAUAUGACCAUAAAAAAGAAAAUCAAGGGAAAAAAUGUGUUUGUAGUAUACCAAGAACCUACUAUGUUCAUAAUAGUGGUUCCUGUUCCAGCUCUUCACCAUAUAAUUUUAAACUAUUAUAUCUAUUGGCCAUAGAAUUGGAAUGGUAUAUUACUUGUCUUUUGCCUCUAUAACAAAUGACCACGAAUUUAGCAGCUGAUAACACCACAAAUUUAUUAUUUCAUAGUUCUGUGGAUCAGACUUUUGGGUUGGCUCAACAGAUUUCUCUCCUCCAGUUUUCACUAGAUGAAAAUUAGGUGUCAGAUGGCUGGUUUCUUAACUGGAAGCUCUGGGAAGAAUCUGCUUCCAAGCUUAUUCCAUUCCUUGUGGUAGUGGAACUAUGGUGCCCAUCUCUUUAUGACCUGAGGAGGACAUUCUUAGCCUUUUGCACACAGGUCCCUGCAUCUCAGUGCCAGCAAGAGUGCCUCAAAUCAUUAUCACACUUGGAAUCUCUCUGACUUCCCCUUUACCUCAUCUUUUUUUUCAAGUUCCAGCCAGAAAAAAAUAUUCUCUGCUUGUAAGGUAAUUAGAUUGGACUCAUCUGGAUUACCUAGGAUAUUAUCCCUAUUUUAAGGUCCACGAUCUUAAUUAUAUCUACACAGUCCCUUUUCCAUGUAGCAUAACAUUUUUCCAUGUUCUGGAGGUUCUGGAUAUUAGAGCAUGGGCACUUUUGGGGUGCAAUUAUUUAGCCUACUAUAGAUGAAUUCUAGAGGAAUAGAUCACCUCUAUUAUAUAUUUCUAGAUUAUUCUGAGUAUUCUUUUUUUGAUCUAGAAGUAGAAGAAAAGACUUGAUAUGGAUACUUACAAAAUCUGUCAGUACAUUUUCUCCUAACAAACAUUGAUCCUUAUAGAUCUCAUUGAAUUUGGUUAAAGUUUUUUUUUUUUUUUUUUUUUUUUUCUCACCUGAUACAUAGAAUAAUGAGGGCACAGGAAACCAAGCUGAUCAUUAGGACCUGAGCUAGACUGGAGGUUUUUUUGGCUUAUGGUCCCAGUUUUAUUCAUCAGCAGUCUUUUAUUCUCCAUGGUAGAACCAUAGUGGUAGUCCAUCUGGGAAAGGGUAGCCAAAAGAAGUCAAGAUUGAGUGAACCAGAAAUGGGGUUGCUGAAAUAUUAGUAAAGAUGAUUUACCCGGAGGGCUGGGAUACAUGCAGUUAUAACUUGCCAUGAAAUAGGAAAAUAUCAAGUCUCUUCCUGGUAUCUAAGAAUGUGUGCUCUGGUAAGUGUAGGCAUGGCACAAGGCAAAGUGAAAUUAGAUAGAUGGCAGCAUUUCAAUUCAGGGGUUGGUAGGUUGGGCUAAGGACACAGUAGUAGGAAUCCAAGUUGAAUAAGGACCCCAGUUUAUAGCUGGAAUUAAAGAGGAAGGUUCUAGCACCCCAGGGAAAAGGGACCAGAAAUAAAUCUUUUGGUAAGGUUGAAGGAAGGGCUAAAAAGAUCAAAAGGAAACAAGGUCAAGGGAGAUAAGGGAGAGUAACUGGAGAUAAGGUUCAUCUACACUUCACAGUUUUGCUCCAGGUGGGUCCUGAAUUCUAGGAUGUAAGAAAGAUGUAUAAAUUGUUUGUCAAUAUGUGCCACCACUGAAUGCAAGAUUAAUAAUAAUGAAGUGCAAGUUUAACUUGAUAGUAUUGUUUUCUAAUAGGAUGAAUAAAUAAAUACACAUUAGUUUCCACACACAUAUGCAUGGACGCACACAUACACAUGUCAGUUGUAGAGACUUUCCAUAAUAUACUCAAUAUACAUUUAAAUAUAUCUACCUGCACCUCUAAAACAGCUAAUAUACUUUCUGUUUCACUCUACUGCAUCCACCAAAUCCUGGUGUGGGACACAAAUGUCAUGGAUAUGAACUCAUUUGAGGGUAUAAAGCAUUUUCCUCAUUUUCAAAGUAAGGCGACAUUAAGUUCCUAACACAUAAGUUAUGUGUAAUGAACAUAUCUUGAGUGAAAUAUAGGACAGCAGAAAAAUCCAAAUACUAGGAUUGUAAGUCUUUGCUUUGCCACAUGUUACAUAUAUGAUAUUAAACAUGUCAUUUAAUCAUUUAUAACCUCAGUUUCCUCACUUAUAAGAUAAAGAUAACUCUCCUAUUUACUUUCCAGUGUUGGUACUCAAGUCAGAUGAGUUAAAGAUACCCUAAGGCAUUUAAAGAUUAUGAAAUACUAUGAAAAUUAUUAUGUUUUAAACAAAUGUAAACAAUCCUCACUAUUACAGUUAUGGCAUGGUCUUUGUCUUCAAAUAUGUACAGUCUAAUUAAAAUGUUAAAAUUAGUUUAUUAUUCCUUUUUUUUUUUUUAAUUUUCAUUACCAGGUCUUCUUCAUGUCAUUUCUUAUGUGUCUGAUGAGUUGCUAUUCCCAAUAUUAAGUAGCACUGGCUUUCAAUGCUAUUGUAUAUGUUAGAGCUAAUAUUCAAAAUCAGAACAUAUUACAUGUCAGUGCAUUACCAAAGGCAAUUAACAGGAGGAAUGUAAAAUGAAUGAUUAAAAAUAUACAGAAUCACUAUAAUAUUAUAGAUGUUUCUCUAUAUUUAUCUUUAUUUUUGUUAAAUAGUCCAUUACUGAAGUCAUAAUUUUCUCUGUUCUAAGUUCCAAAAAUAAUGAAAACAAUCAAAAGCUUAAAAGUUGACUUGGGGACAAGGGACAUCUUUUUUAUGGAUGUGUUCGUUGGUUGGUUUGGUUCAUUUUAUUUCCCAUUUCUCCAUGUCCCUAUCCUCACCUAUUUAUUUUGGCUUGGUCCUGAUUCUAGAGCUAAUAGAUCUUUACAUUGAAGUAAUGGAUGAUUGGAGUGCAGGGAUCAGUUCAGAAUUUAUAUGAACCCUUUGAAAAUGUAUGCAAAUGUACUUUAUAAGUAUGUAUAUGAAUAUGUUUAUGUAUACUUUAUAUGCAUUUGUAAAUAUGUCCUUUCUUUCUCCCUUGGAGAGGAUCAUAACUUUUUUAUUCUCAAAAGGGCACAUGAGCUUAAAAACACUUGGACCCAGUGCAUUUCAAAUUCUGUACCUAAGUGAACAUUACUUGAAAAGAGAAAUUUUCAUCCUCCACUGCCUUUUCAACUAUUCCAGUUGUGUCUCAAACAUUUGGAUCAUGUAGGUAGUGAGGAAGGAAGAUUAGAGGGCCAGCCUCUAAGAAAGGGAUGAGAGAGUACCUCUAUUAGUGACUUUCUCUCUUUCUUUCCUUCUUUUCCACUUUAUUACUUUCUUGCUUUUAUGCUCAAUCACUGAAUCAUUUUCCCUCCCUUCAUUCCUCCUUCCCUCCCCCACUACUUUCCCUCCCUCCUUCCUUCCUUCCUUCCUUCCUUCCUUCCUUCCUUCCUUCCUUCCUUCCUUCCUCUUCCUUCCUUCCCCUUUCUCUUUUCAAUUACUUCUCUUCAGAGGAGAAAGUUUGAGUAAGCACUACUUUGAGUAAGGGCCAAAAACAUUUUUUUUAAUGCUAUAACAUUAUCCCUUUCCUCAUCCCCUUCUCAUUUAUUUUCCCAUUGGUGUGAAUUUAUUCAUUUUACUAUCAUCUCAGUUUGGAGAGCAUUCUUUCCUAUCCACCAGAAGUAGUGAAUCUCUCCAAAAGGCAUUUCUAUAGCAGAAAUCAUUCAGAAAUCAGUAGAAAGAAAAGGUAAUACCCACAUAAAAAAUAUCCCUCACCUUCCUUUUCAACAUUUUCAUUCCCUAUUUGAACAUAAUUACCUAAGCUUAAAAUUUCCCCCAAUGGAAAAAAUAAAAUAAAACAAAUAAUUAAAUUGAUGUGUGAAUUGUUUAACAUAGAAAAUAGAUGAAAUUAAACUGUAAUUCUUCUAUUUAAUGAUAUAAUUGACUUAUUUUUGAGAUGUAGAUAGGGACAGCUCCAGCUUCUAUGAAGAAAAGAAAAAGAUUACAGUUUUGACCAUCCUGAGUAACAACUUUCUAUUACCAUAAAGAGUGAAUAGCUCUCUUCACUUUUUCAUUUCAUCCAACAUCUCUGUACCAUCAUUAAUUUUUUUUUAGAGAGAAUGAGCUUGGGAAAGAAAGAAAAAGAUGAUUGUUAUUAUGGAUUUCUGUUGGCAGUUGAAAAUGUUGCUGUGCAGAGUUUUCCCUGUACCCUGUUCUUGUAGGAUUUGAAUUUUCCAGUUGGAUUGACUUGGCUGUCAAAAAGUCAAGUUGAUUUUUCUUUCCCAGAUUAAGUUGAUAAUUGGCUGAAUAAAAUGUUAAGAACAAUUAGCAGAGGUAGGAUUUUAAAGCUAUUUAACACAACAAACAAACUUUAUGGUCCUAUUUUAUCCUUGUUUAUUUUUUAUUUUUAUUUUUUGUAACUUCUCCAGGGAGCACUGUAGAAAGUUAUAGCUUCCUGUCCAUGAAGUAUUUUAUUUCUUCCUUGACCUACCUGCCAUAACUGCUUAGUUUAUGCUUAAAGAAAAAAAAAAAGUUUCCAUUCCACAACUGAAUCCUUUUAAAGAAAAAUCAAGGUACAGUGUUUCUUAUUCACACAAAAGCAUUCAGAGCACUAGUGUUAAAGAAAGCUUAAUUCUUGGACUAGAUGUUUUUAACUUUCUUCCUGUUCAGAAUACAGGAUUACUACUAUCUCUUGUCUUUGUUACCACCUGCAGGACUUUUUAUCAUUUUCUGUGCCCAUUUUGGAUUGUUUUAGUCUCAAUACCAGCUAGCCUUCUUUCAUAUUUUCUUUACAAUUAUUUCCACUUUUCCUUCGCCUCAGUUUCCUUAUUUUCCCCCAUUUUCCCCCAUACUUAGAAAUGUGUGUAGCUUCUUAUCUGCGUGAAUACUUGUUAAUUUCAAUCUAAACUCAAAUUCCAUUUCUUAAUAGUUCCCUUCUAUGUAGGCAGCCUCUUCUGUACUGAUAACUUCUUGUGGUAACCAUCCCACCCUCAUUAAGCUAUGUAUUUUAAAUGAAUAAAAAAAUAAGUUAGUAUUUAUCAACCUGGCUAGUAGAAAUGCUCAUUAGAGGCUGGGGAGUCUUUCUUUGGUGUCUUCUAUGGAGUGCACGUUGCUUUGUCUUUUUAGUGAAGGUGGCAACAUUUUAUUGAAUUAGCAAAAGUUAAAAACUGUAUGUUCCAUGUAUAUUACUCUCUCGAUGCCACUCAAACAUUAAGUGAUUUAUUUAUUUAAAGCAUAUUAAUGACAUUUCUCUUUGCCGUCAAUCUUCUAUUUUUCAAUCUUCUUAAACAAAGUGUUCUGAGCAUGGUUUAAUAUUUACAUCAUGAUUCCUCAAUCAUCAUCAUUGUAUUAGUUCCCUAGGGCUGCUAAAAUAAAAUACCACAAACUGGGUGUCUCAAACAACAGAACUGUAUUGUGUCUGAGUCGUGGUGGCUGAAAGACCAAGAUGAAGCUGUCAGCAGGGUUGGUUCCUUCUGAGGGCUGGGAGAGAGAAUCUGUCCAAUGCCUCACACCGAACUUCUGAUGGUUUGCUGGCAAUCUUUGGUUUUCUUUGGUGUGUAGAAGCAUCUCCCUGAUUUCUGCCUUUAUCUUCUUAUAGUGUUCUCCCUUUGUGUGUGUCUAUAUCCAAAUCCCCCCUUUUUAUAAGGACAUCAGUCAUAUUGAAUUAGGAGACUACCCUUCUCCCAUAUGACCUCAUCUUAACUAAUUACAUCUGUAAUGACCCUGUUUCCAAAUAAGUUCACAUUCUAAGGUACUGGGGAUUAUAACUUCAACAUAGUGAUUUUGAAGGGACACAAUUCAACCCAUGACAGUUAGGAACAUUAUUUUUUGUGUGUCAAGUUCUAUCACAUUGGUUUUUGAGAGACUCAAUUAUAAACAUGUUUGCAAGGUGUACAUAGCUCUCAGCCUUGGAUACUUCAUCCCUCCCCUCCACUCUCUGUUUCCUCUUCAUUCAGAGAUACAGAGGGGUUACUGCUUACAGUUACCAUUGUGCUUUCUUCUGAAAGUGUCCCAUUUUCCCAUUGAACAUGAAUGGAGAGUCCCAAGAAUUGUUACUGUGUAUGAAAGAAUGUAUUGGUUCUAAAUUAAAGUCUCACUGAUGUGUAAAGAGGAAUUUGGGCAACAGUGUAUAUUUUAUAACAUCUUUUGAAGUUUUUCAAGGGCUCUAUUUUCCUUUUCUGGGUUCUCUACCAUGUUAAAUGGAGACAGGCCUAUAAGUGAAUAUGAGCUUGCUGGAUAACUGAGGUAUGAAUGUAUAAUUUUCUCCUGAUACAUAUGUAAACUAAAGAAAUAUAGCUGAUAGGGGUACCUGAGGGGCUCAGUCGGUUUAGCGUCUGACUUUGGCUCAGCUCAUGAUCUCACAGUCUGUCAGUUUGAGCCCUGUGUCAAGCUCUCUGCUGACAGCUCAGAGCCUGGAGCCUGCCUCAGAUUCUGUGUCUCCCUCUCUGCCCUUCUCCUACUCGUGUUCUAUAUCUCUCUCUCUCUCAAAAAUAAACAUUAAAAAAAAUUUUUUUAAUAUAUAGGUGAUAAAAAUAUUGGAAGUUGAAUUAUUUUGACUACUAGUUGCCCAAGACUUUACCCACUAAUGUAGGAGAAUCCGAGUUCUCCUUAGAAUCCUAUAAGGUGUGAAAUCUGACUAGAAAGAAAUUAUGCUUUUUUGUGAUGUGUAUAGGAUCUAUCUUACUGAGAACGUUCAAUAAACCUGUUACUAGCACAGCAUCGCGUUGAAAUCAAACGCCGUGAGUGGGUAAGGAAAUGUGCACAUUCAGCUUUUAGCAGGUAGUCGUCCCACACCCCCAGGUGCAGACCCACCGGGAGCGGCCCCUGGGGUUCCCAAGGUACCAUGCCAUUGAGCUACCCUCUGCGGCAGGCUCCGGUUUUGGCAGGCAUAGCAAGAUCUGCUCUUUGAUCCUUGGAGUGGGUCCUGCCACAGUGAGUGACCCUGUCUUACCCCUCCCUUUGGUCAUCACUGCGCCCACCUGGCACUGUAGGACAAAAAAUGAGAGGUGGGAGGGGGUCGUAAGGGGACACUUCAGGAACACAGCUCUGCCAAGUAGGAAAAGCUGCUUAAACAGUUCUGGUUCUCCAAGCACAUGUAUAACAUUUCUGCCAACCCAUCAGCGAAUACAUUUUGUUUUCUAUAUCAUUCACCAGUCGGCUAAAAAUCGCUUUCCUUGAUUCUGUUUUCUCAUUCCUGGGGUCUUGGAUCUACCAUAAAAUGUGGCCACACAAAUAAAAGGGCUCCUCCCUAUCUUUUCACAGGCUUGUUUCAUAAGUAUCUGGAAACAUUUACUUCAUUGUGUGCCUCAGUAUUUUGAAAUAAAUUCUCUACUAUAUUUGAAAAUCACUUUUAGUGGCUUGACGAUAUUGGUCAAAACGUAGACAUUGUAUGAAAUUUUUGCUGAAAGUUUUAAUAGAUUAUGAGACCAUUUCUCCAUUUCAAGACACUGUUUGAUGGACGAUGUAAACAUGACUACCCAUUUUAUGGCUGAAAAAGUAGAGACACUGAGGUGCUAAAUAUGUUGUUUAAGAUUGUGCAGGGUGUUAAGUGUCUGCCGAUUUGAUACUGGUAGUAUCAUUCAGAUAUUAUGAAAUUUAGGGUUUUAGCUCAUGCUCUAUGGGAUGAUCAAAAUAUUGGAUCCACAUUGUCCUCUUAAUGUCAUUCAGGCAAUAUAGAUAAGAAGACAGAAAAUUGAGACAUAGGAGGAUAUUAAAUGGCUUUUAGCAAAUCACAUAGCAAGGUCACAGGAAAGCUGAUAAGAUCUCAGACUCCUUCACUCUGAACUAGCCAUGACUAGUUUUCUGACAAGAAACAUUUUUCUCCUUCAGGGAAUCCCAAUUUUCACAUUUGUAAAGGUUGGAGAUUUUCGUUGAGGAAGCAAUGCCUCCAGGCACUAGAAACUUUUGAAAAACUUUAAGGUUUUUAACCUCAACUUAGUAAGCCAAAUAUAUUGGUCAACAUUUAACAGUUUCAGAAUGUUAGAAUUCUAAAAUUCUUUGUUUAGACAGAAAUUUCAAUUUGAAACUGAAAGUAAAUCAUCUUCCCCCUCCUUCAUUAUCUAAUUGUCACUUUGUAAAACAUUUAAGAAUUUGGUAUUUAUAUACAUAUGCAAAAAUGUAUACAUUUGUAAAGUAUUAAGUAUAUGGGAUUUAUUUGGGAAAAGUUUAUACGAAUAGCAUCUACUUUGAAAUGUUUCUGUAAUAACUUCUGCUUGUCGUCAUUUUCAACAAAAAGAUUAAAUUUCCCUUUAUAAGGCCGAAGACUCAAGCAGUUCAUAAAGAAGGAGGGAACCAACCAGGCCAAAAUUCAUUGUCAUUGUUACCACUAAAGUCAUUGUUACCAGUCUAGGGAAAGAGCACAUGAAGUAAUCUUCUAUACUUUAACUCCCUAUCAGUUAGGAUUUCCAGCUGAGAAAUGAGCAGAUUCUAGAAAGCUCUGGCUGCCCAGGUGAGUAUGGUGCAGGCAUUCCCUAUGCUCACUAACUCAUCUGCUAGUUUUCCCAUACAAACUUGAUCUCGGCCAGAGGCCAUAGGGUAAGGACCAAUUAUGCAGGGUCUAGCAAGUCCUUUAUCCCAAAGAAAUACCCAAAGGAGAAACUUUACAUACAUUUUCAAGUAAAUGAGACGAGCCUGUGUGAAGCCCCUCCAAUGACUCCUCCAUGAAGAAAUACCGCAUUUCACCUAGAACCAGCUUUAUCACCAUCAAUAAAUGUGUGUGGAACAUAACAAUAAUAUUUGCUCCAAUAGUCAGAAACUGGAGAUGACCAAACUUAAUCAAGGUCCAAAAGAGAAGAAAGUAUGUGGAGAGGGCAUCAGAGUGCCUGGAGUUGGAGAACACUGGUUGUUGGCUGGUGGUUGGUUAAGUUAGCAACGUCGGGUUAUCUGAGGAGAGCGUGUGAUUGUGCUGAGGAAUGGCUUCCCCAGUGAAUCCCAAAGAAGCUUUUCCAUCUCCAUUAAAUAAGAUGUAAUAUUUAUUGUAUUAUUCACUUGGAAACGUAGGAAUUUUUUUUCUAUUAUUAACUGGUAAAUUCCCAUGUCUUCUAUUUUGUCUGUUAGCUGUUUUCUUAAACACAACCAUUUGGCUAUAUUAUAAACAUUCUCAAAGGAUAUUCUGCCAGAUUACCAACUCCAAUUUGCAUUAGCUAAGACUUAUUUACAUUUAUUGUCUAAGGCAGGCUUAGAUAGUCCAGAAAUAGUAUGUCUAAGUUGUAUCUGAUAAGCUUUAACUUUGGAUACUUAAAAUGCCAUGUAUUGUGCACCUUUUAGGACCUAGUUUCUAUAUGGUGCACCUUAUGUACACCAUGUCCUUUAAUUUUCCCAAGACACCGUUUUAGAGAUGAGAAAACGGAGCCCCAGACAACCUACUUCAUUUGAUGGAGGACACAAAGCUAGUAAGUGGCCAAGCUAGGAUUAAAAUGUAAGCCAUUCUGACUUAAAGUCCUCUUCUCCUCUUUUAAAAUCACUCACUCAUUCUGCUUCUAAAAGUGGACACGUUUCUGCAUUAUCUUCUACAAGUCUAUGGAGUUUUAACAAGGGUGAAGGGGGCUGUCGUGGCAUAUGGCUUUUGGUGCUAGUUUUUAUCACCUAAAACAUUCGAGCUUUUUGUCAGUUAAUCUCUCAGUGCAGCCUACUAGCUUGUUGAUACCCUAAACACUACUUUCCAGUCUUAUUUUGUGAGACAUGCCUCUCAGUAGUUAGUUUAGUUUAAUUCUCAAAUUAACCUAAAACCACCUUAAUUUUGCCUGAAUAAAAAUAAUAACAUAAACACAUGUGUGACUAUGUAACUAUAAAGUAAUGGAGCUGAUCUUCGGUGGGUAUUAGUGACACUGGUCUCAUAUUUAGAAUGAAUCCACAUAGUGCACUUCCAGAUUCGCUACCUGUGAGUUUCAUAAUCUGUUAAACGUGGAUGGUACUAGGACCUACUUCAUAAUAUCAUUGUGAAGGUUAAAUAAGAUAAUAUAUCCAAAGUUCUAGGAGCUCAAUAAAUAUCUAUUGAAUGGAUGAAUACAUGCUAUCAGUUCUUUAAACUGACUAUGUGUUACUGAUCUUUGGCAAAUGCAGUAUUCUGGCUACUGCCUCACAUUUUGAAUUUAAUAUAAAACAAAAUGUUCAAUGUCAUUAAGAAUCAUACACAAUUUGCAGAAGCACUUAUUGAUUCUGAAAGAGCCUUUUUGGGGAGUUGGGAGUAUCAUUUCUUUUCCUCAAGAUUUUUAUCCUUAGUACAGUAUGGCCUGCCUUUUGUGACUAGAGUUGUAUGUGUGACCACCAAGUGGAUAUAGAUUUUCCCCUCUCUUUAAUAGUCAUGUAGAUAUGAUUUAUCUUAUGGUACAAUGAAAACAGAAGCUGUCCAAGUAUGUACAGUAAAAGAAGAUAAAUGGCCUGGACGAAACAAAAAGGCAGUGUGUGUCACAAAUGCUUCCUACUUGUCUGACCCAACGGAAACUCACUGAAAGUAACACAUUAAAAGUAAGAAAGACAUAUAUUGUCACUAUUUGUCCCAGUCCUGGAGAUGCUGCAUACUUAUCUGAUGACGUCGAGAUAUUAUAGUUUGCAGGAGCUUUUUUUCCUUUGUUAAUUUAUUUUUAAAUCCUGAAAUGUUUGCUGUUAUGGAUCUGAAAUUACCAUGCUUUAAAUACCACAGUUUCUAACUGGUCAUCUAAUUCUAGUAAGAGUUUUAGAAAGGGUUCAAAGGUUUGCCUCUCCCUAGAAUAUUCUUCCUACCAGUGAUAUUCCCACUCUUCCAUUAGGAAUAGUCCAUAUAUUACUUCUAGGAGCUCUGUUUCCUACUUGUAUGCAUAUUUGUAUCACUGCUCUCGCUGUAUUGUAUUAUUCUGUUUUCACAUUAGCUAUGUAUUUUUUCUUUUAGAGUCUAGUGACUAAAUUGUAAGUUUCUUGAAGACAAAGCCUGUGUUAUUAUUAUUUUUUAAUAUCUAGAUAUCCAGUAUUACUACUUAGUUGUUCCUAGCAUAAAGUAGGUGUUCAAUAAAUAUGCAUCCAAUAAAUUAAUGAACUUGCAAUGACACACAUACACACACAUUAGAUUAGGGUCACGAAUGAAAUUUCCUGUGUCUUUGCAUGUUUUUCAACUGCUUAUGAAUGUUUUAACUUGCUUAUGAAGAGAUUGAUAUGUUUCUGAGUGUUCUAGUCACGUUGGGGGAAAUUUUCUAAUCUUUGGGGGAAAAAAAUUACCUUUCCAUAUUCUUUGCUUUUAGUCUGAGCGUCUCUUUUGCACGUGGACUCAGGUGUGCUAUCAAGUACUCAUUACUUGAUGGAACCACAGAGACAGUGUUACAAAUCUUUUUUAUUUGCAUGCUGUUUGGUGGCUUUGUUCAAGCAUAUUAUCUGUAUGUGGGGGAAAAAAACAAGGGUUGUGUCAGUUCACUAGAAAAGUCUUACUUGCAUAAAAAACUCUCAGCAUUUAAUACAGUGCUUGGCAUAUAGUUGGGAUUCAAUAAAUGUGGAAUGCAUGAACAAAUCAGCCAUUAUUAUUCACUGUUUUGAGGAUGAGGUAUGAGAUUUCUUUUAAAAAGACUAAGUGAAAUGCCCAGUGUCAGACAGCAGAAUAAGAGAGUAUCUGACCCUCGUAACUCUUACCUCUGUGUUUCUAGACUGUUACGCAGGCUCACUGAGAAGUGCCUUAUAUGUCUGAUUUCUCAACUUCACCCUGCAGUAAACUUUUGCAAUCUGGAGGCUAGAGACCUCUUUUGUAAAUGUUGUCUGCCCGAAAUGCAUUGGCACCGAGGAGGCCUUAGCAGAUAAAGUAGAGGAACAUAUGGCUCCCAUCUGAAUACAAAUUGGUGGACAUAACGUGGUAAUUCAGCUGAGAUGUCCUCUAUAUUGUAAACUGAAAGAGUAUGAUUAGAGGUGUUUAUAAACGGCGUCUGAAUUUCCCCCCCACACCCCUCCCCACCCCCUUUCACUGUAGUUUUAUCGGCCUGAAUCAUAGCCAUCUAGCGUCCCAGUCUCACUGUGUUAUUUGUUAAAAUGGCCAGCGUGAGGAAUUAUUAAUUAAAGCUAACAAAUCACCCUGACGAGCUGUGCCCUGGCAUGGCUGAAGGUUGAUUGGCGAAAGUGUUCUCCUUUGGAGAAAAGACUUUUUGUGCUCGUGACGCAGUCAGGGACGGAUUAUUGAAUAUGCAAGUUAGAAGAAAAAUCACAGGACAAGCAAAUUGAGUAUUUACUGGCAAAUAAUUGCUCUCUUAAGCUGUGGCUCUCUUCCUAAAUUCUUAACAUUCCCGAGGGUUAGAAAGAAACACAGAAAAAUGCAUCGGUACAGAGUACAUUUCAAAAAAAAUACAUAGGCUGAUGUUUCAGACUUGUGCAGAAUGUUUCACCAUCACUAACUGGAUAUUUCUCACAACAUUGCUGUCUGGUGUUUUCUGUGGAAGGGCAGUGAAAAAAGGUGGAGGAAGCAGUGACUGGCACUUUUCCUCCACGCUUUGAGAGAAAGAGAAUUGGCUGGAAUAAAACCUUGCUUUCCAUAUGGUCGACUUGAAACAGCAUUGAAAAGUUCCUUGACCAUCAGUCUGUGGCCUGCCCCUUCUCUUUCUAUGCAGCCGCUCUCUGUUCCCUGCCCCAAUGAACAUCUGCACUAGGCCCAAGCCUUGGAGUGAUUUACCUGAAGAGUGACACCAUUGAUUUGGAAACUACUAUGAGGAAACUGAAGCCCAGAGAGGUGAAGUGAGGUGCCCAAGGCCACACAGCAAGUUAGAGGCACAGCUAGUACCAUAGCUCAAGUCUCCUGACUCCCAGUCCAGUGCUCCUCCCAUUACUCCACGGGUCCUGUCUCUAAGCUUCCUGACAAAUGCUAGAACGGAAGAAACCCAAGACAGCUGAAAACCAGAAGGCAUCUGAGGAGAAUGAGAUUACUCAGCCGGGUGGAUCCAACGCCAAGCCGGGCCUUCCCUGCCUGAACUUUGAAGCUGUUUUGUCUCCAGACCCAGCCCUCAUCCACUCAACACAUUCACUGACAAACUCUCACGCUCACACCGGGUCAUCUGAUUGUGACAUCAGUUGCAAGGGGAUGACCGAGCGCAUUCACAGCAUCAACCUUCACAACUUCAGCAAUUCCGUGCUCGAGACCCUCAACGAGCAGCGCAACCGUGGCCACUUCUGUGACGUGACGGUGCGCAUCCACGGGAGCAUGCUGCGCGCGCACCGCUGCGUGCUGGCAGCCGGCAGCCCCUUCUUCCAGGACAAGCUGCUGUUGGGCUACAGCGACAUCGAGAUCCCAUCCGUGGUGUCGGUGCAGUCGGUGCAAAAGCUCAUUGACUUCAUGUACAGCGGCGUGCUGCGCGUCUCGCAGUCGGAAGCCCUACAGAUCCUCACGGCCGCCAGCAUCCUGCAGAUCAAAACAGUCAUCGAUGAGUGCACGCGCAUCGUGUCGCAGAACGUGGGCGAUGUGUUCCCGGGGAUCCAGGACUCCGGCCAGGACACGCCACGGGGCACUCCCGAGUCAGGCACAUCGGGCCAGAGCAGCGACACUGAGUCGGGCUACCUGCAGAGCCACCCGCAGCACAGCGUGGACAGGAUCUACUCGGCACUCUACGCAUGCUCCAUGCAGAACGGCAGCGGUGAGCGCUCCUUCUACAGCGGUGCGGUGGUCAGCCACCAUGAGACUGCACUCGGCCUGCCCCGUGACCACCACAUGGAAGACCCCAGCUGGAUCACGCGCAUCCAUGAGCGCUCACAGCAGAUGGAGCGCUACCUGUCCACCACCCCCGAGACCACGCACUGCCGCAAGCAGCCCCGGCCGGUGCGUAUCCAGACCCUGGUGGGCAACAUCCACAUUAAACAGGAGAUGGAGGACGAUUACGACUACUAUGGGCAGCAAAGGGUGCAGAUCCUGGAGCGCAACGAAUCCGAGGAGUGCACGGAAGACACCGACCAGGCGGAGGGCACCGAGAGUGAGCCCAAGGGCGAGAGCUUCGACUCGGGCGUCAGUUCCUCCAUAGGCACCGAGCCUGACUCUGUGGAGCAGCAGUUCGGGCCGGGGGCAGCGCGGGAUGGCCAGGCCGAACCUGCCCAAGCCGAACAGGCCACGGAAGCUCCUGCCGAGGGCGGCCCGCAGCCGCACCAGCUAGAAACAGGUGCCUCCUCCCCGGAGAGAAGCAACGAGGUAGAGAUGGACAACACGGUCAUCACUGUCAGCAACAGCUCCGACAAGAGCGUCCUGCAGCAGCCUUCGGUCAACACGUCCAUUGGGCAGCCAUUGCCAAGUACCCAGCUCUACUUACGCCAGACAGAAACCCUCACCAGCAACUUGAGGAUGCCUCUGACCUUGACCAGCAACACACAGGUCAUUGGCACAGCCGGCAACACCUACCUGCCGGCCCUCUUCACUACCCAGCCCGCGGGCAGUGGCCCCAAGCCUUUCCUCUUCAGCCUGCCACAGCCCCUGGCAGGCCAGCAGACCCAGUUUGUGACAGUGUCCCAGCCCGGCCUGUCGACCUUUACUGCACAGCUGCCAGCGCCACAGCCCCUGGCCCCAUCCGCAGGCCACAGCACAGCCAGUGGGCAGGGCGAAAAAAAGCCUUAUGAGUGCACUCUCUGCAACAAGACUUUCACCGCCAAACAGAACUACGUCAAGCACAUGUUCGUACACACAGGUGAGAAGCCCCACCAAUGCAGCAUCUGUUGGCGCUCCUUCUCCUUAAAGGAUUACCUUAUCAAGCACAUGGUGACACACACAGGAGUGAGGGCAUACCAGUGCAGUAUCUGCAACAAGCGCUUCACCCAGAAAAGCUCUCUCAAUGUGCACAUGCGUCUCCACCGGGGGGAGAAGUCCUAUGAGUGCUACAUCUGCAAAAAGAAGUUCUCCCACAAGACCCUCCUGGAGCGACACGUGGCCCUGCACAGUGCCAGCAACGGGACCCCUCCCGCGGGAACACCCCCAGGUGCCCGCGCCGGCCCCCCGGGGGUGGUGGCCUGCACCGAGGGGACCACUUACGUCUGCUCCGUCUGUCCAGCAAAGUUUGACCAAAUCGAGCAGUUCAACGACCACAUGAGGAUGCACGUGUCUGACGGAUAAGUAGUUAUCUUUCUCUCUUUCUUAUGAACAAAACAAAACAACAAAAAAGAAACAAACAAACAAAAAAAGCUAUGGCACUAGAAUUUAAGAAAUGUUUUGGUUUCGUUUUUACUUUCUGUUUUUGUUUUUUGUUUCGUUUCAUUUUGUACUACAUGAAGAACUGUUUUUUGCCUGCUGGUACAUUACAUUUCCGGAGGCUCGGGUGAAUGAUAGUUUUCCCAGCCUCCCUCGGAUGGUGGCCUUAAGGCCUGGUAGUGCUUCAAGAGGUCCACUGGUUGGAUCUCUAGCUACUGGCCUCUAAAUACAACCCUUCUUUACAAAAAAAAAAAAUCUUUAAAAAAAAAAAAAAGUAAAAAAAAAAAUUUUUUUUUUCACUUGUGAAGAGCACUACAAAAAAUCUAUAACAAAAUCUAAAAGGCCUACUGUCUUUAAGUACACCGCUUGCAGUGUUUCAGUGGACAUUUUCACAAUUCUGGCCGCUCGGACUUCACAGUAACCAGUUAAAACUGUGGAAUAUCGCUUCUGGUUGAAAACCCAGAGGAAAGGCCCUGCUGUUUUCCACCUACCACGUUGUCUGAUUUCAUAAAAGGGCUGGGGGGGGUGGGAACGGGCAGUGGGUCGGGUGGUGUGGGAAAGGCGAAUGGCAGGCUUCUCCCCCAGAUUCUGCUGAGUCCGCACCCCCUGGCCCACCUCCUUCAUAUCCCCCCUUUCAGCAGAAGCCAGGAAGACUUGGACAAGCAUCAAGCAACAGUGGCUAUCGUAUUUAUUCAGUGUCUUCGCUGAGCCACAGCCUCAGCACAAUCAAGAGGGACUUUCAUGAAAGGCAGGAAUGCAGAUAAAACAAAGAUAUCAGAGGUUUGCACCUACGUUUCUAGGUACAAGAGAAGGAUUAUUUCCAACAAUCUUUGCAAAAAAAAAAAACAAAAAAAAAGUGUCAGGAUAUAUUCUUGUGGAAGAGAAAAAGAAAGAGAAAUGGAGGGUGGGGGGGGGAAUAAUAAAAAGUUCUUGAGGCUUUUUUAAUUCAAAAUUUUAUAGAGGGGCAAAAGUGACGUUUACCAGAUAGAAUGCUGAUUUUUUUAAUAUAUUUACGACAGUAUUUGUGUAAAAAAAAAACAAAAAAAAGUGAGAUUGUUAAAAGUAAUUUUUUUUUUUUCGUUUUGGUUUUGCAUACACUGCCACCGAUCCCUUCUCUUUUAUUUUAUUUCACACACGUAUAUAUAUUUUUUGGUAAGUCAAGACUGUUAAGGUUAGCGCUACUGCUUCCAGAUAGAAAGAAUAAAAGGCAAUUAAAGUUAUAUUUGAAAGAGAGGAAGGAUAUUUUCUUCAUAUUUUUUUUAAUUUUUCUUAAUUUUUAUUAUUUUAAGUAUUGCCUGGGUUGCUGAGGGCCUCUGUGGCCAGCCCAUCCCUGCUGUAAUUUGAACCUGCUGCUUUGUAUUUUGAUACGUAGUUCUUUGACUUUUAGCAAAGCGUUAAGUUGCUCCACUGAAUAUUUUUUUUCAACUGAUCCAUCUAGAAUUCUGUUCUUUUUCAUGGGAGGGCUUUAUCUUUCAGAAACAGAUUCCUUGCUUCUCUAUAAGUUCAUUGAGAUCUUAUGAUUCUAGAAUUUCUAUUGACUUUACUUCUUUUCUUUAAGGAAACGCUAGUAGUCUAGAGGCCGUGACAAAUGGGUUUUCCUUUUGUGGUCAGCCAGGAGGAGGAGUUCAGGCCUCCUCACCCUUCACAACUACAGAGAGCAGCGUUAUCAGAAGCCUGGUACAGAUCAGGAUGCCUUGAUGCCAAAAUUACUUUCUUCCUUUCAAAUGUCACCUUCUGACUAUUUCCACCAUGGUUGAGAGGACUAAAUAAGAUGACCGUCCUUUAGAUGAUUUCUUAACCCUUGCUUUUGGGAAAGUUUUAAAGAAAUUAACAGAUAUUUCUCAGAUGGCAACAUCCAUCAUUCAAAAGGCCACCAGUCCAUUGCAUCAUCCUAGAUGCCACUCUCUCUUCCUAGUUGGGAUUUCUCUCCUCGGUCCUGAUCAAAGCAUCGUAAGAGGGAUUUUUCCAUUCUAGACAGUGUCCUGAAGGGAUUCCAUCUCAAAUAGAAGAAUUCUUAAGCCUAACAAAUAUUCCAAAGGUGAUUUUAUUGCUGGGCAUGUUUUAACACUCUUCAGGGGGGAAAAGGACAUCUUUAAACAAAGCAGAAACACCAAACCACAAUUUUAAAAAAGAAGCAAAGACAGUAUUUUAGUUUCAAAAUUGCUUUGCAUUUUAAUUCUCCUGUCAGUGACUUAUUUGCAAAAACUGCAACAAAUGAGAAGAAAUCUUCCAAGGGAAGCAACUCUGUAAUGGCGAAAAUGCUUUUACUCGUAUAUUUUAGAUAUUGGUUAACUCGGAUCUUUUCCAUAAGUUCUUGGUGAUGUUUAGUAGGAUUAGUGCAACUAGGGUAUAUGUGGGUUUUAUUUGGUCCUAUGGUCCUUUAUUCGGUAAAUAAUUUGCUAGAAGUUUAAUGUAGACUUGGAUGGUUAACUGAUGAGUGUCACUCAUCGUGAUUUCUAAGAGGAGUUCUAACAAGAGCUAUGUGUCCAAAAUUGACCUGUUUUAAAAGUUAGUGGGGAACAGCUUCAGAAAUAAGAUAAAGUCCGUUUUUCUCUGCUAAUUUUGCAUUUUAAAAUAGCAGUGUUGUUAAGACUCUAUAUUUCCACUUACUGCCAACAGAGGGAGCAUUAGUUAAUUAACCAUGUCAUGGAAUUGUUUUGAUCUCUUGAAAACAACUCAUUCAACCCAUGACAUAAAAAAGAAAAAAUUGACAUUAAGAAAAAAAGUUGUUUAAUCUGGAGGAAAAAUGACAUGAAAUCACUCAGCAUGUGCUACAAAGGAAGAAGCCAAAAGCCACUUCAAAAUUUUUUCAGUUAUUUGACAGUAGCUGACUUAAGUAAGAUAGUGUCCUUAUUCCAACCUUAGCAAAGUAGGCAGAAUUUACAAUACUUCUAGAAAAGUUGAUCUUGGGUGCCAUAGUGGGCCACAUUUAGCAAUCUGCUUCUUAAAUCAGAGGGAGACCCAUUUACCCUAAUGCUGAUUUGCCAUGUGAAAAUCUAAGCAAUUGGUUUAAAAUAAAAUCCACAUUUUGCUAUAGAACAUGUAGAGGGAAGAACUUCCACUUGGGUUUGAAACACUAAUAUUCAUCCCUUCCCUUCAAAUGAAGCAUCUCUUUUUUAAAAAUGUUGGAGAACUCCCCGAGAAUUCUUGGGGAGGUGAUGCAGUCAUCAUAACCACACGGACUCUCCAGGUUUGCAUAGCAGUCGACUUUUUCUUACUGUAUGUCUAUUCCUCCCAAACACUCAUAGUCUAAAAUAGUUGGCAGAUUUGUUCUCUGGAGAGAGGAAGAAGCUAGACUGCAGAUCUAAACUGGGGAGCCAUGAACUUGCCACGGGGUCAUUACUGAUCUCUUGAAAGGGCUACCUUCUAAACCGAUGUAAACUAGACUGUACCUAUUUCAAAAGGAUAGAGAUGCUUUUAGAUCGGCAAUCCUUACUUUUAAAUUAAAUAAUUCCCAACAUCUUAAGAAAUGGGGAAAACAUUUUGCUUCAAGAAUAGACGAUGAGCAUGAAUCCUUUAUUUUUUAGUUUCAAAUGCAACAAUCUUCUUACAUUUAGAACUUCAUGCUAGGAUGCUAUGAGUGCUAAAAAAAAUUUUUUUUCAGUAGUCAGGGGAAAAAAAUAGAUAAAAUGGAAGCAAAUGUUCCAGAUUUAAGACCUCUUAGGAUGAAUACAGGGAACAAGAACUGGUUUGGAAAAGAACAUUUUUUUUUAGUAAUUUAUGAUUUAAAAGUGGGUUAGCUGAACAAGGGAAAGGAAAAAAAGUCAAAGGAGAAUAUUUAUCUCAUGACAUUUAGAUAUAGUUAUGAAAAAUAAAAUUUCCCAGCACUGAAAACAUUGGUAGCAUCUCAGCAUAGAGGGCAAUAACUAUAAUAAAUGCCAAUAUUUGUUCCAAAAAAAAAAACCCAAAUGUGUAAAAUAUAGUCCCCAAAAAGGAAGGAAUUGGAACAGAUGGAUCUGAUACAGAUUUACACAUGGGAAAAGAUUAAGAAACAAGCAAGGCAAAAAUAAUUUGAAAUGAAAGUGUCUGUAUCAAAAUGGCUUUUACUAUAUAUUUUAAUUGAGUUGUAAACUUUAGGUCCUAAUAAUAGUUUCAUAGGCUUUUUCCUGCCCAGAUUCCUAAUGCUCUGAAACUGUUUGUGCCAUGAGUAAGUGUGGUGGAUAAUUUCCUUCUUCUGUUCCAGCUUUAGUCUAUUCCUUCUUCUGAGGCAUCUUGGAGCCCACAAUAGUUCACAGCCCUAGAAGGAAAAGACUUGGAUUGGCUUUGUUGAAAAGUUAUGGGUUUUAUUUACCAUCCCAAUAUUCUAUAAGGACCAAGAAACCCCUUUGGAACCCAUGAACCAUUAGAAUUUGUACGUUCUGAUAUGAGAAGUAAAAAGGUUUCCUCUGGGUGUAUGAGCUUCAAGUAAGUCCUAAUGCCUUGACCUACUUGUGUGUCCAUCUUACAAGCACACCAGCGGUAUGUGCCCAGCCCAUACCCCAAAUCUGUUUUCCCUCAGCAGUUGAAAAUGAGGUGUGCCCCUUAUAAAAUCCCUCAGGUCCCUGACAGAACAUAAUAAAGGUUCAUGUACCUUCCUAGAUGUGCUUCCUCCAUCAUGCUCCCCAACACCUGUUGCCUUUAGGAAAGGGAGCAGUGAGCUAGAUCUGGCCAGGAUUCAUACUCGACAUACCCAUUCAGGAGACUUUCUCUGUUGUUACAGAAGAUGUUAUUUAAUCAGCUGAGGCUGGGAGCAGAGGGUAUGAGAUUCUGCGGAAGAGGUAUCAGAUAACCAAAUCAGGACUGCUUCUGCUGUGCAAAAAAGAAACAAAAUGAAGGUGCAAUGCAAGAGCAGACACAACCUGAGAUGCCCUUGGGAUUUCGAAGGGAGGGUGCCGUUUCUGUUGUGACCUGACUCUUAAAAGAAAUCUCCUGAAAGAAUUCUUUAAUUUAGUCAUGAGUUGAAGUCCAGGGUAAUGGAAGCCCUGGGGAAGAGAACAAAAGGACUGCACACUGUAUUCAGCACCCAAUAAUGCGAAACCAAAAAACAUCCAAUCCCAACCCUAGGAAGUUUGGCAAGAAGUAUUUAGAGAAAUCUCUGGGCUUUUCCAUGGGUAGUAGGGUCGACAGACUUUCUUUUGAGUGAUUUCUGGCUCUGAGAAACCUCUUUACUCACUAGAAAAGAACUUUCUUUAAAUGGCCAAUUUUAUCCCCCAGAAAAAGAAAUUUAAAAAAAUAAAAUAAAAUAGGACACUAAAGACAGAACCAUGUGACUUGGUAACAAACAAAAGGAAGGGCGCACUAGAAUUUCAAUAGAUUUCCUAAUUCCAUAGAAAAAGCAAGGCAACCCAAGGCCUUUCCAUCUGCAGUGCUUGAAGAGAGUGCUUGUGCUGACCCAGCCCCCUGGGGCUUUCUGAGGCUCGACAUAACCUCCCCAUUGGGAUGGGGGCAGCCCCUUUCUCUUCACGUUGUCAUGAAGAAAAAGACCCUUCUCUGAGGUGCCCAGGAAAUAGAUUGCAUGGGGCAAACUUUCAAAAGCUAUCUCUACCCUGGUGCUCAGGCAGCAUGUGGAGACAGAAAAGGGGGCGCAGAAGACCUCUUGCUCUCCAGUGAGAAUAUUUUCAUAUUCCCAAGGGCUCUCUGUGUGGAGUUACCAUUUCUCAUACUGCUUAAACCUCCGCAAGAGGAAAAGCUGUAGUGACUCAGUGUUCGUGUAAACACAAAACAUGGAAAUUACUAACCCAAAGCAUCAUUUCUAGCACUAGGUAUUACAAUAAUGAGCCUGAUCAAAAUUGCCCAGAGAUUUUUCUAAGUCUCUCAAUAAUUUUUUGUCCUUGAACACUGAAUCCACAGUGGUCAGAGAUGCACCUUAACAGAUCCCAAAAAUGGUUUGGAACACUAGGAUUUGUUUUGCAUUCUUUUUAGGAUGGAGAAGUAGAGGAUGAGGGCUGCAUGAGCAUGGUGUUCUUUGUCAGAACUAGGUAUUUCACUGAGAAGUGGUAAAAAUGUCCUGGGUUGAAAUAACUGACUGAAACACCCUGGGUUCCAGUGGUUCCUGAGGCGCAGCCUAUUGAAAACCUUCAGGCUGAAAUCUAAUCUGAAGUGACCUCAGUCGAGGUAUUUUCACCAGAAGCCACUUACAGUAGAGAAUUAUUGCCUUAAAUCAGAAAGCCCAGGGAAGAGAACAGAGGUUAGAGCUUGGAAGGGUGCGAAGACUUAGACAUUUCUUGCUUUUUAAUGGUUGCAUUAUCAUCAAAAUGAGCCCUAUUCACGAGUGAAGACUAUGAAAACAGCGGUUUUGCAGGGAGGCAUCAAACUUCUCUGGAACUGACAGUUCUCAGGAAGUGGCUGCUAUUUUUUCAUAUCUUAUUUCAGUGACAUAGGUCUGGGCUGGGUGUAAAAUAGGCAUCAUAUUAGUCAAAUAGUAAAUCCCAUAAGACAUGAUCACAGGUGCCUGGUAUGCCAGUUUUAAUCAUUUCUUUAAUAGGGAGAAUAGUCUCUACAAAAAGCUUUCUUUCCCUAUACAGUAUAUAUUUACUUCUAGACUCAGUUUUCCUCAGUGUAGGUGAGCAUCUGGUCCAUCUGGUGGUUCUUUGUUUAAAUGCAAACUCACAACUCGCAAAUCUUCAAUGAUGGAGCAUAAUCUGCAGAUCAUAGAGGAAACCUAGCCACAGUUAUGGGAAUCCCGGCUUUUGAGAUACCUAAUUAGGAUAUAGAAAGUCCCUACCAGUCCUCUUGCAAUUUCAGGGGUUUCCUUGGUUCCAAAUACCUCAGUGAGAUUCUGAUACACGUAAAAUAGAAAAGAAAAAAAUUAACCCCAUAAGAGACAUCUGUUUCCACUACUGUUACAACAGAAGUUUGGAAUUGCCCAGCAAAAUCCUUGUCAUUUCGAUGUAGAUUCCAGUAACGAAAAGGACUUAACCCAGCUAGUAGGUCACGGCUGCUGUCCAAAAUGUCUAUACGUGAGUACACAUUAUGCAUGUACACACGCAGUGUGAGGUGCUCUCAGUACAAAACUGUUGUGCGUUCAUAUUCCCCGGUGACAAGACAGAUUCUGGAAUUUCUAGCUAGUCAACGGUCUCACAUAUCUUCUAUCUGCUUCUGCUCUGUUGCCUUAGUUGGGUGCAUCAGCGCCAUCCGCUAUCUGUGAUGAGGGCAUUCUGGAGGAGGUCAACCAUCAGUCAUUUCUACGUACCUGUUUCAUGAGAAACUUGAAUAUGCUGUGCAGAGUAGAGUGCACGUAACAAACUCUGUACUUCUGCUGGAUUUCCUGACGUGUGUGCAUACGUAUGUGUUUGCGUGUAUACUUGUAGUCUGGGAGUGUGUGUGCCUCUCAAAGGAGGCACACGCAGGCAUAGGCCCUGGUGCAUAGAUACGGCUCCCUCUUCCUACCAUUGUGCUCGAGACUUGUGGCUCCCUUCCCAGGAAGCAGUCACCUGCCCACUCUGUUGCUUUUUGUAACGUUUCGGAGUUGGGAGAAACAAAGGCAGCUUGUUGGAUCCACAGCAAACCUACAGGGACAGGCUGUUUUCCUCCAGGAGAAGGUAGAACACAAGUACUCAAGUGGUACGCAGAGCAAGAGAGCGGCAGGCUGGGGCACCUCCCUUGGUCUCCUGGGGAGGAGGGGCAUGAGGCCAGGGAGCAAGGCCCGGGACAAACUUUGGUCCGAGCCAGUCCAUGGCUUGAAAGCCUCCAUUCCUUUCUUCUAUGGAACCCAGUGUGUGCACACAAACACCCGCCCGCCCGUAAGUUUUACUCCCAAACUAAAGCUUCCUCAUCCUGCUUGCAUCGGGGGGUCAUCACCGUAAUUCCAGACUGUGUCUCCUGAAACCAGCGUGGCCUUUGCCGAAGUCUUUCCAGGAGUGGGUUGUUUACUGUGUCUAGGAAACCAAUAGACUCUCGGAGGGAAUCAUUUUUGGUAGUCUGUAAGAAUUGAUGGCUCUCGCCCAUCUCAAACGUUAAAGUAGAACGCUGCUCUGGGGCACUGGUCUGCACAAAUGGACCUGGCUCUCGUAGCCGACCUUAAAAGGGUGGCCUGGAAACCAUCGGGUUCAGUUUUCUCACUCCCAUGCCCUUCUUUUACUAGAUGGACUAUUAUUUUUUAUGACAUGUAGGUUAUUUCUGCUAAUUCGCAGAGUUCAGAGGACAUUUUCUUUCCUCUUCUAUUUUGGUGACUUUUCCCCUCCCCCAUUAAGGCAGGCUACUUACACUUAGCAGCUUUUCGUUGUUGUUCUCUUUGAAAAUGUAUAUUGUCUUUCUAUAUCCAAAGGUCUGUGACUGUAACCAUAGGCAUUUCUUUUUACUGGAAGAAAAAAUGAGUUGUUCGUUUUUGUUUUUGUUUUUGUUUUUUUUAAUUAACAGUACUAGUGACUUUGUGGAAGAAUAUGAGUUACAUUUAGGUAUGCUUACUUAAGUACAGUACACUACAUUGCAGUAUUUCUGAAAGCUAGAACAUACACAUUCUAUAUAACAACUCUAUAUUGAAAUAUAUAUUACAUUAUAGUCAUUUUAACUUUGAAUCCGCCUAUGAUCAUGAGUUGAUUGAAAUAUUAUUUCUUUGCAUUUAUCACCCAUCACCAACCUGCUGCAGUUAAUCUGGUGCAUUUAAUAAUAAUCAUUACUGCUCUAGUUCGCUUUUUAUAUUAUCAGCUUCAGUAUUGUCUUGACAUGAUUUUAGAAUUUUUUUUUAAAGCUCAGACUUAGCAAAUGUAGGAAAGUGAAAACUUUUUUUUAAGAAAACAUUUCUUUUCCGGUGUGGCCGAUACAAAGAGGUUCAUAUCCAAAGUGAUCUUGUUUAGCUGGCCCUCUCAAUAUCUGAAGAACAAAAGAAGUGCAUAUGAAUGUAUCUGUGAUUUUCCCUUUUAGGACUGUCACUGUUCUAUAUUUGCUUUUGAAAAUAUGACCAAGGGGCUCCUUAACUUCCAUAUGAUCUGACCAACAAUUACAGGCUGCAUUUGAAAGGGCUGCUCAUCUGAGAAGCAUAAGGGAGUGAAAUGCCUAGCUGUCCCAACUGGGUUUUCAUACAUCUAUUUUAAUACAGCUCCUUUCCUGACUAAUUUCUGUUUUCAGUGUGCUUUACAAUUAUUUUAACUAGUCUUCAAUGCUUCCCUGGAGGCAGCUUGGCAAUAUAACAUUCAUUUUCCUAGGAGAUUUUUCUUUCUUAAAUAAAACCAGAAUUUGAGGAACUUUUGCAUGACAGAGGCUGAUAGAAAUAGAACUGAGAAAUAGGGAUCUCAUUUUUUAGCCUGCAGAAUGUAUAAAACGUUGGCUCUCGGGUCUCUGCCCCUCAGUGUCUCUCUCCAUUUGUCUGUCAACGUGGGGAUUCAGUGCCUUUCUUCUUUAGCCAGCCCAUCAUGGAAACUUCAGAAAUCGGGCAUCCUGUCUUCCUAGCCAGAAACAUUUUCAAAUAGUAUUUUCAGAUAAAGAGCUUCUUCAGUUUCCCUUAGCUACUUGACCCAAUGCCUGGAAAACUCCAUAGUUGGACAAACUUUACAUCCAUCCUGGGGACCUAAAACCAGAUUCCUUCUCUCAGUUCUCCAUUCAGGACAAAAUGAAAACAGUUGUUUAUAACACUCAGUGUGAAAGCCCUUCCCACACUGGACCAAUAUUAAGGCCUCUCAGUAUAAAUAACACCAAUUCCAUCCUUUCAUCUUUCCUAAUAGAUUUUUAGUUUCAAAUCCCGUUUUGUUCUGCUGUGUUCCCCCUUCCCUGCCUGGCAACAAGAUUCAUCGCCCCUCCCCUUAUUCACACCCUUAGCAGUACCCUCCACUUGUGAAGCCUGGUAGACCUACUCCAGCCUACUUUGAAGGGGUUCGUAUUGAGUCUAGUAGCAAAAUUCUAAAUCUGUUUCUCCAAAGCUUUCAACUAAAUAUAUGUCUCCAGGACAGACAGAAUUGUGAAUUAAAUGGGAGUCAAGGGGACUGUUGCUUUCUCCAGUGUUCGCAAAAUACCCAAAUUGUAUCAAUUUUCCCCUUUUCUUUUCCUAACCAUGUCCCCUUAUUUCUUGUUUCUCUUUAGGACUACUUUAAAUUACCUCUUCUUCUCGACCCCUGAAGAACGCGAAUAAUUAUGACUCCUGAGUGCUCACUUCCUUCCCUUCCCCCACCCCAUUCUGAAUGCCCUUCUCUAAGCUUUGUGCAGUUAAAAAGCACUGACAGGAGUCAGCUCCUUGUGAUUCGUAGGCAGAGUGAAGAAGUAUGUCUUCACUGUACCUUCAAAUUUUAAAAGUUAUCAAUAUUCUUUUGAGAGUGGGAGGACCUGAGUCACAGUUUUAAAUGUCAUCUGUACCAGAAAGGUCAUUAAUCCCUUUCACCUUCACAUGUGGCCAAAGGUAAAGGGAAAAAAAAAAUGUUUUUUUCUGUUUGUUUUUUUUUUCUUUAAAUAUCAUAGCAUUCAAAUUCCUGGUAUGAGUAGGACCAUUUCUGAGGGAGACCAAAAUUCAUCAGUGUGGACCCUUUCAAGUCCUGCUAAUAUUUAGGCAAAUGAUAUAUUAACCAGAUAAGAGAUUUAAAGAAAUCUAACAAAAGAGGUAACAUUUUAAAAUAAUUUUGCUAACUGCUCAAGCCUUAGUGAGCUCUUCUAAAACAAGUAAAGCCACUUCCACUCAAGUAGGAGGAAACAAUUAGGAAGAAUUGUUUUCAUUUGUUACCUUUCUGAAAAACGAAUAAUUGUUGACUAACAUAGAAAUUUAAGCAGUAAUUUACUGAGAGAUGAAAAGAUACAUAAAGUAUCUAAAGUGUCUAUUCUGCAAGCAGCUAUUUUUAAAAUGUAAACCAUAUAUAUAAUAGGGCUGACUGGAUACUAGAUACUUGACUAGAUACUGAAUACACUCCCCAGUACCUAAACAUUCAACAUAUAAUUUAGUCAUCAUGCUAGAUCUCGUUUUAAUGAGUUAUAACUAUCUGGUUGCUAAAGCAUUGCCCCAAGGGGUGAUAUCAUUCUGGAUCUAUCCCUUUACAGGGGUAGCUUCUUUCCUGACUUCCAGUCCACCCCUCUUGCCAUGCUCCUACAUUGCCUCUUGGCUCUCAUGCAGACAAAUUCUGUGGCAUUUAAAGUACUACCUGCUUUGAAAUGCACUGGAGGUAUGCUAUUUCAAUUCUGGCUUUACCCAUUGACAAACAGAAUCAAAAUUUAUUAUCCGAGGUAUAUUCUUAAUGUGACUAGAGGCUUGACCCAUCUCCUCCCUUAAUUAAAUCAGUCUAUAACGUCAACUCACACCUUAGAGAGCCACGAAAUAAAGAGAGAGUUCAAAACCUUCCUAAGUCAUACAUCUAGUAGGAAACCAACAUUUCUUAAAGCCUGUAUUUAUGUGGCCUAGGAUGGUGAUCCUCCCUUGGCCGUGUUUUCCCAGUCAAUCUCACAUGUUUCUCUUCAUUUGUCUGUUCUAACUCCCUCUAUCUUUUUAAAAAAGUAUUCUUCAUCUAAAGUACUCUUCUCCUCAGGCUUUGGCUUCUGAAACUGUGAAAGACUCUCUUUUAAAUCCUAACUACUAUUGUUUAAAGUGUAAUGUGGAGUUUGAGAGGAUCCAGUUCUGACAGGCCCCAUUUGGUCACCAUCACAAAGAUUUCUCCAGGAUGCCUUCUUGACAUUGUUCCUUCUGGCUCCCCAAGAAGAGCCCUAACUCUGAGACCAGGUUUUCUCACCACAACCUCUGCAUUAGUCUAGGUUGUUGUGUAAAUCCUGAUAAUAUUCUAGAGACUACAGAGUGUGAAUUUCUUAUUGCUUAUGAGCCUCCUGCUUUUGUAAACUGACACCUGUCAGGAGCAUCAAGGCCCCUAUCAGUAACUAAUGCAGCAAAAUGAUGGUCAUAAACAUUAUAGUACAUAAUAGGGAGAAUAAGAAGAGAUUUCUUUCUUCUUUUCCCCCCAUAAAAAGCUUGCUUCCCCAUCCCACCCUACCACCACCACAAUGCAUUUCAGAAAGUCUGCAUCUCAUUUUACAGAUAUGUAGUUUUAGGGUUCGCAAAUAUAGCUUAGGAAACGUUCUGAGACUGAAGCUGGUACCAAACCAGUUUAUUUUCUGCACUGGACUUUAGGACAAGUGUGCACAGAUACAAUUCCUUCAAAGAAAGUGAAACUAACCUAGUAAAGCAAAGGGAUAAUACUUUUACACAUUAAAACAGUUUUUGCUAUCUAUAAACCUUGAUUUAAGCAUAAUUAUUACUUUUUAGAAAACUGAAACUGGGAGGAAUGUGUAUUUUAGUGAAGUUUGUUUGUUUCCCUUUAUCUCUUUCUUGUCAAGAUAGUAAAAGAUUUUGAUUCUUUAAUUUGAUACUGUCCCUGGCCAUACGUAUCAGUCAGAUCAUGCCCACCCUUCCCAUACUCUUGCCCUUUUAGAGUGAAAGCUUUCCUUCCCACCAUUAAGGAGUCUUUUCUCCAUGAAAAUCUUAUCUUCUUUUUCAAUAAACAUGUGAGAGCUUUGAGGAGAGAGAUUCUCUCUGCACUUUGAGGGUAGAAUAGUUAAAAUCAAAACUACUUCUUGAGAGAAACCCCAUUUACCUAAACUAACAGGUCUGGGGCCAAAGAAUGGGACUUGAUUGCAGAUGAAGGUCAUGUAUUUUACACUACAAAUCCUUAUUGCCUCCUCCAAUUUUUGGAAUAAGGCUGGGAAUAAAUUAAUUCAAUGAAAACCUGCACUGGAUGCUUCUUAUUAAUAUCUAAUGCAGAAUACCCAAAAAAGACAAAGGAUGCUACUAAAAUGCAAAGUCAAUCAAUCUAUAGGUUUCUAUAAUUAUUCAAGUUUCUUUUCUAUUCAUUUCAAAACUAUGAUGUGCCCUUGGGGUCUUAACUAGAGAGACACCCACUUCUCCAUUGCUUCCCAUCUCCCCCACCCGGCACUGGAGGUGACAGUCACAGAGGGAGCCUGGCACUGCAUUGCCAGCACUUCCUUCACCCCGGCAUACCCCCACCACCACAAAAGAAGGAAAAACCAAAUUAGAAACUUUUUUUGAAAAAAAAAAAAGGAGAAAUUGUAGUGCUUCAUUUGAAAGCAACUGUUUUUAAUUCAACUCAAUUUUCAGAUGGCCUGACAACCUUUUUAUAACCUGUCUUUUGUGCUAUAAUUUGAAUUUUUAGCUCAAUCUUUAAAAUAAUUGCAAUUUCAAUUAGGUGAACAGAGGAAAAGCAAAGAGGGGUGAUAGGGCAAUGUGAUUGGACUAAACCUGAUACAGUUCUGGAUUUUUAAAGCCAGUGUUCAGCGUUACCAGAGAAAGCUAACACCACUCACCUUUUGCCAUUCUCCCCCAUCCUUACUAUUAUAGGCUUAUGAAUUAGUAAGAAAACCUCACUUCUUUAUGGUUGAGGACUUCUUAUUAGUAUUAAACCCAUAUAGAGAAAUCCUACAGACCCUUGACUGCUCCUAUAACUAAUCUCUCCAGGGCAUAUGCAGAGAGAGAGAGAGAGAGAGAGAGAGAUCUGAAAAUAAAGUAAUGGUUCAAAUUUGAUACAAGAUUUGGACAGUGUCUAAAGUGCUUUGUGUAUGUUCACUGCAGAGGGUUCUUCGAAAAAUAAGGCUUGUUUCUCUGUUCCUGCUCUCCUUGGGACAAACUUUGAUUUGGAACCAUCUGGAUGUAGAUUUGUAGGAGAAAAUACUCAAAAGCAUUGUCAGCUGUUAAACUUCCUUAUCCCAUUGACUUGAACCUCAGUUUUCCUGAGGGGCCUAUUGAGAUAGAAAUUAACGGUAACUUCCACAUACUCAAUUAACAUCGGUUUCUUUUUUGCCCUAGUGUAGAAAAAAUUGUGGCUUUCAGAAAAAAAUGAAAGUAGAAUCUCUUAGUAAUCCUCAUCAUGGCAAACAAAGGCAAGAAGCUGAUAAGAUAGAGAAAAUCUAUGGUAACUGUAUGAUUUAAAGUAAUUUGGGUGUGCUGACCCCACAAUGCCAAAUGCCUUUGUUUCUACAAUCUAUUCUGAACUAUAUAUUGAUUCUCCCGAGACUUCCAACAUGCAUGUGUGGGUAUGAGCAGACGAGCAAAUUGACAUUUGGAGAAUGGAGACCCAGACAAACCAAAACGAUCAACUCUUAGGAUUAUCAAAUACAAAGCAUUUCUCCAGAAUCACUCAGUACUGCCGUAUCCAAAACCAGUUCCUGAUUAGUCUUAAGCGAGAAGUAAGCUCCAUAAGACAUAUCCUACUAUGAAUGUUUUUUCUUACAGAAUAAUACAAGAAGAGGUACAAUGCAGAUUCUUAAUUUGGGUGUAAUUAUAAUUCACCUUUGUAUUUAAUAGUUGUACUUUUUGUGUGUGUCACUGAGCUAUUUGUACCAAUUUUCAAUCUGUCAUCCUGAGAGGGGCCUCGGGAAUUUCUGUGUGUGUGUCUGUAGAUCUGUAUUUAUAUGUAGUCAGGAAAAAAGUGGGUAGGAGAGGAAGGGGAGGGAGACGGUGGUCAGUGUGAAGAAGUGAGUGCCCCUCGGGUCCCUAUUUAUGUUAGGUGAGGUGGCUACAGCCAGAAAUCCUCCAGGAAGAGUUGAUUGCACUAUUCUAAAAGAAGAGCCCAGCACUGUUAAAUUUAGAACAUGUUUGGGGAAACAGAAAAGUUUUCUCUUUUUCUGUACCCAUUCUCUUUAGUAUCAGAGCCAUUUGACAUGAUGAAAACCAUUCAAUAAAAACCACUACUGACCUUUGCAUUAAAUAGCUAUUUUCCUCUUCUAAACACUACCCCUGGUUUCAACUCAUCUACUUCCCUUUAUUUUCUGCCUAUUGAUUGAACAUUUUACAGAAUAAUACAUAGGUGCAUGCUAGUUGUUUCUCUCCUCUGAGCUGAAACAGGGGCAACAAGAGAUGACUCACAGAAGCGUGAGGUAAAGACUGAAUUUCCCACUUUUGUGGCACUGGUAACCUUUAGUAAGAGCUGUUUAGGGUUGAGCUUGGGUCUAUAACAGGGCUUUUUUUUGCGGGGGGGGGUUUCUUUGUUUUGGUUUUUUUUUUGUUGUUUUUGGUUUUGUUUUGUUUUUUUUGGUUUGUUUUGGGGGUCUUGGGGUCUUUUUUGGUUUUUGUUUUGUUUUGUGUUUUGGUUUUUUUUUUUUUUUUUUUUGCACUAAAUAUGACUGCACUGCAUUGCACUACUGAAAUGUAUUUACUUGUGCUGGGAGAGAGUGUGUGACAUAUGGGGAAGAAGGAGGCAGUUAUGAAACAGGAAGCAUCACAAAAAUGGAGAAUUGUUUCUGUCGUGCUUGGUCUUAGCAGGGUUGGUGAGAAUCUGUGGACUCUGCUAACUCUUGAUCGGGCCCAGAAACUGCCAUGCUCAUAGGAUCUGUUUUCUUAUUAUAAAGAAGCAGGGCUAGUACAGUAAAUUGAAGAUGUUUAAAGAAAAGUUUUCCCAGUGUUGUCUCCAACCAAGCUUUUGGUAAGAGUUGCAAAGGUGAGGAAACUAAUAACCAAGGUGACCUGGAAGGCUUCACCUUGGCCUCCACCCAAAGCCCCUUGCUGAUGCACAUUCCGUGUGGCAGAGGGCAAUGGUGUGUGCUGCUUUCAAACAAACAUUGCCUUGUCUGUGUUGGAGAUAUCCUUUCAGCCUGAGCAUGCUUUUCCAUCCCUGGGUGAGACCUAGAUCAGGCUAACCAAAGAGGAAGGCCAUGCACGUGAUAAAAUCCUUUAAGAUGGCAGUAAGGGAACAGUGCAAUAAACACUGAAAACCAGUGAGGUGAAGGGUUUCUUUUGAAACAAGCUGGGCCAACUUUGAAAUUAAAGGAAGGGUUGGAAAAUUGAUCAGAACCUACUUACUAGCUGCUCCAUCGUAGACUAUUGUUUAUUAAGCAGAAGACCUUAACAGUGCCUAAAUGUUUAGUUUUGAAGUUGCUGAAUUUUUCAAUUUUUUUUUACUGGAUUUAUUUUUAUUGCCUUUUUAAACCUGAGAAGUAAUGAGAGGGUGACAGCUCUUCAGUGACUAUUGAUAAAAGAACCUUGCGCCACAGGAAAAGCAAUCAAUUGUGUGGGGCAUUAAUAACACAAGAGCCAAGGUGCCGAAGAGCUCUUCCAGAACCCAAGGUGACAGCUAUGAAGAUUCUGGUUCAGUAAGAAAGGGCCACAACACAUAUAAAUGGCUAAUGUUGAAUUUCUCUGAACACUAGCACAUGUGGGGACAUCAAUUUGGAAAACAGUCAAUUGAGGUGUCUUUCCUAAGAUUACAACAUUGAUACCUAUCUCUCCUCCAUAGCAUCCAUCCAAGUCUACUAUUACAAGGUAAAAAAAAAAAAAUUUAAGGAAACUAUCCGCUUUGCUAGUCAGAAAAAACACCACUUAGGGCUUUCAAACUAAUGUAAGCAAUCCCUUAAGCACCCAAAGCAUUAUCUCAGUUUUAAAGAAGAAACUCUCAAUUCAGAGCUCUUAACAGGUACUUAGAGAUGUGUAUUGGGUAAGAAAGCACUAAGAGGAUAUUGACUGCAACAAACCAAAGGUAUAGAAAGAAAUAAUUGACCUUUUAAAAUACAUUCACAUUAACUGUCCUAGGAUACCUCUCUUGAGGCUUUGGGGAAACACCUUUUUUCGUGAAACUUGCAUACCUGGUCCAGUUUUGUCACCAAAGAUUUUAAUCACCAGAGCCCUAUCUCCUCUCUCCCAGACAAAAGUAAUAUGACAGGCUUGAAGGGUAUGCUUUGGUGGUCAAGGGAGGACGCUUUGGUUUUCAUUCUGUUCACAGUGAUACUUACAGGAGACUCGUUAUUAAAGGAGCUACUGAACUGUCUUUAUGACUUGGGGUUUGGUCAGAGGUUUAAAAAACUAGGGAAAAAAAUAAACAAAAGUACUUUGACACUGUAAACUAGUCUUCAAUAGAGUCAUGACCUGAAGACUGAUGGAGAGAAAGAAACUUCCAUGGAAGAGAGUGAGCUAAAUCAUACAGAACCAAACAAAGAUCAUUGGUGAAACAUGGGGCGGUGUAGACAACAGAGCAGAUCAGUGUUCUUUAUGGCCAGAGCCAACAGCAACGGCCAGGAGAGUCAGAUCACUGGUGAGUGAAUCCAGUUAUUGAAAAAGACACAAUCUGGGUUUCAUUGUGGUUGCUGGAGUGAUUAAAACGUCCCUGCCCAUGGCAAGGACAAUACUGAGGCUGACCUGUUGUGACAGUGCCUUUCUUGUAGCAAGUACUCAAUAAUUUGUUCAGUUAGGCUUUUCUGGACCAUUACCCCCAGUCUUCUGAGGAGGUCUGAAGGGAUAGUAUUCGCUUAGGAUGAAGAGACAGGAUAUUGCUCCUGGAAUGAUGUGAUUUGAUGAUAUUUGCACUAGAUUCUAAACUCUACUUCAUACUGGAGCAACUGAAUGAGAGAAAAACCAAGGAUGGUUCAAUGUUAAAUGAAACCAAAAGCAGUAUUUUCUGACUGAUGCCUCUUCUCCUUCUUCCUCUCCUCCUCCUCCUCCCCUUCGUCCUCCUGCCUCUGCUCCUCCUCCUCCUCCUCCUUCUCCAUUUCCUUCUUCUUCUUUUCCCUGAAAGAAAACUUCAUACUUGGUGUUCUUUUCCUUCAUUUUUCCCCCCCCCACUGAACCUUCAGUGUAAAUUAACCAUCAGGUAGGAAUAGUUAAUAUAAAGAGCAUCUGUCAUUACAACUUUGAGCCCCUCUUUUGAUUCAUCAAGGGCUUGAGACAAUGGGGGGGGGGGGCAGGGCUCCUCCAGAGCCACCAAGCCCUUAGGAAGGCUGCAAAGCAGAGAUAUGAUAUGGAGAGCCGACCUGAUAUAUAUUUGCCUAGAGCACAUUGGGCCUGUAGUUAGUCCUAACGAAUGCUUAGAGAAGGAAACCAAUGUGUUGAAGAAAAACAAGGGUUUAUCCAUAGAUAAACCCACAGUUUAUCUAUUUCCCCUCUCUCUUCUCUUUCCCACUUCACCCCCCUGUCCUAUCAGAAUUAUAUGUCAUCUCAUUUCUUUAUGUUACCAGAAGAAUUACUUGGUUCCUUGGUUUUUCUCUUUAUCAGUGGGCUGGGAACUCUUCCAAAAUUAAAAACAGAUACCAUCAGUGGCUCCCCUGUGGCCUACCAGUUUCUCAGAAUGCUGUCCACCUGGUCUUGACCAGUCAACUAAGAUAACUUGGAAGCUGUGGCUGGCUCAACCACCUGUCACUUUAUUUUCAUUUUGUUUUCAUUUUCAUUUGAAUUUUGAGUGAUCCUAUGGAAAGGUGGAAAUGACAGAAAGGGUGUGGAGGCUGUGAUUCUAGGGCAUAGCUUGUCAAGAGUUUGUAUUAUCCAAAAUAGAUCUUUCUACACCUGUUUUUCUGUUGAAUCUGUUGCCCCAAUUAUAAUUUCUAUUAUACUUGUGGUUAUUUUUAUAAGAAUAGAGUCCAUUUGCUAUGUCUAUUUGAGUAUUUUUUUUCUAUUUUCCCCACAUGGAUGCAGUACCAACCUGUUAAUGAAAUAUCUUUUUAUUGUAUUAUUAAUAUGUAAUUCUACUGUAGACCAAAAAUAUAAAAAACAAAUUUGUUCAUUUUAAAGUUAUAAAGAACUAGUGAGUAAAAGAUUAAGAGUUGAAGGAAAAGACAGAAGAGCAGUGGUUAACUAUGUUGAGUUAGAAAUCUAAGAGUAGCCUUACCUAUUUUUUAACCAGUGCUUGCCAAUCAUACCAUAGUUGGGAUUAUAUAGUCUUGGCUCCUUCAUGCUUCUGUUCUAUAAUUUUUGUUUGUCUGUUUGUUUUUAUUUGAUGUAAUUGAAGUUGCACAUCAUGCUAUUUUUGGCGAUGCCUGAUUUUAUUAUAUUGUACUUUUCAGUCAUUUCCUUUAGAAGGAUGGGGGGAAAAGUUUUAUUUCUUUCUUUAAUUUAAAAUUUGUUUAAUGCACUGGAAAUAAAAUUGGACACAUUUCACUGUUCAGAAACAAAUUCAGAAAACAAAACAGAACAAAAACCACAAAGAAAAAACCAGCAACCAAAUAACCAACAAGAAAAAAGGCUAUGAAAAAAAUCUAUUCAUACUAAAUACACAAAGUACAUCUCACACGAAAGAGAAAUAUCAUCAAAUUAGAAAGAUAAGUCACAGAAGUUACAGUGCUGAAAAUAUAAAAGAAACCUGGGCUCAGUGGGGAUGGUGAAAAUGGGGCAUUCCUUUGAGAUCUGAGACCUUGCGAUUGUUCCAAUUAAUGCCCAAAGGGGUUAAAUGUGGGAGACGCAACCAUGGAGGAAAUAAGCCCAGAACUCCUAGAACUCUGUUACCUUUUAUCUUAUGCUUGGGCUGUGUUUUGAGAAGAAGAAGAAGAAAAAAAAAAAAAAGAUGUGCUAUGGUUGAAAACCUGGCUUGCCUAGAGGGAUGUGUAUGGGACACAGGCGGAUGCCGUUCAGUCCUUUGCCCAUGUAUUGCCUCACGUGUUUCUUUCCUCCGUGAGGAUUUGUGGCAGGUAGGCCCGCAACAUGGGAGACUAAAUGACUCACUAGAACAUCAGCUAAUGCUAAAGAACCUCUUGUCUCCAACCUGACCCCCCUUCUUCAGCAUUCCCAAUACCAGCACAGCCAGUUAACCCAUACAAAUGCACAGCAAAAGGAAGGACAGGUGUUUGGCCUAGCCACGUGGCUGUAUCAUUUAACGUUUGCUGGGUUUUUCUGGUUUUGUUUUGUUUUGGAGUAGGGGUGGGAGUGGAUGUAACUUCACAAUCCUAAUACAGUAAUUGUUUUGCAUCUUCCAUGUUUUAUGCAAAAACAGACAUUUAAAUCAAUAACUAAUUGUGCCCUAGACUGAAAGUUAAUGUUUAGGAGAGGAAAAAAAUUGUUGGAAUUUUUUCUACAUUUUUUUGUGAAGAAUCUUUUUUGGAAAGGAAGGAUACAUAUUUUUGUUGUGUAAUAUUUUCUAUUUUUGAAUGCAUUUUAUUGGUACAAGACUGUUUUUUUGGUGAAGACAUUAUUUAAAAAAAAAAAAAGAAAAAAACUAAUCGAAAAGUUUGCCCUUAAGGAUAUGCUGCAGUUUUGAGGUUAAAAAAAAAAAAAUAACUGAUUCAAGAUGCGUGUUAAAAGUUGGGAUUAUAUUGUUGUUUUUUGUAAUUGUUACAAGAAGAAGUUUGUACCCACUGCUGUUUAUUUUGUUUCAGAUGAGUAAGUAAAGGGAUUGUUCUUGUUUUAUUCUUUUUUUAGAGAAAAAAAAAGCUAUUUAUGAAAUGUCAAAAACACUGGACUGUGAGUUUAAGUGUGGAAGCAUUUUACCACCCUGUGUCUUCGACCAAUUAUGGGAAACCCCUUUUCUCUUCCCCCCUGCCUUAGCCUUGCCAAAUGAGAAAAAUAUAACAGCUGUCAGAUGAUGGAAGCCACUGAAGCCCUGCUUUAAUUUUUAUGGUUCGAAAAAGUCAGAAAACCAAAGUUCAAUUUGUUUCUGAAAUCCCACUGUCCGUAGCCCUUUUUUGUAUGACGCAGCCAGCGGGCUCUGCCUCUCCGUCUUGGAUCAUCGCCUUCUUGAGGGCUGGGGGGCCAAUGCAAAGAGAAGCUUAAAGGUGGUGAGCCUGAGGGGGCCUGGAGGUCUCAGGAAGUAGACGUGAGUGGGACUUCAACCUCUCAGAAGGCGACUGACCGCGCUUUCCCUACCAGAGGCAAGGCUGCCCAGAGGGCACACUGCUUGCCGGCUGCCUCUGAAGGAGAGAGCCUUCCAGUACCUCCACCCUCAGCUUCUAAGACCCUUCUGUUACCACCGCUCUCCAAGACUGGCUCUGCCUUUCUCAGCAGCCCAUAUUUUAUGGACCAGCUGGGGGAGGAAGUAUCCAGUUGAAAGUAACAGCUGGGUGCUUUAAACACACCCCCAGCCCUGAGGAAGGUAGGGCAAGGGACCAUCUAGCACAAGGGAUCUUGUCUGCCUCGUUUUUGAUUCUGUGGAUUGUCCAUCCAUCUGCUCACUGUGAAGAUGGAGAGGCAGAGUGCCCUAAGGCUGGCUGUUCAAUAGCUUUCCAUAUUUUUUCAACAUUGAAAAAAUAAUUUUUAAAAACUGUGAUUUAAAAAAAAAAAUCAUUUGGCUGGAGGGAAGGGAAAAGGGAAACAUCAAAAGCUGUAACAUGAUUAACUGGAGAUAUUUAACUGGGGGCACUUUCUAGACCAAGACAAACAAAUACCGUUCUGGACCCUAAAGCAGCCAAAUCUUGAGACUGUCAAUGACAGAAAGCCGAAGAGAGGCCUCCAUUUCCUCCUUUCUCCUUUCUUCUCUGUCUGAAAAUUCUCUCGUUCUUUUCCACCUUCCCUUGGACUACUGCCCCAAUGGCCCUCGGACUCCCAUUUCAUGUGUGUGGGCACGCACACACACACCCACACCCAGACACACACACAUACACACACACACACUUGCAAAAUACCAUUUUUCUUAAGGAUUGUGGGACCGAAUAAAAUCAUGUGCCUUCAUUUCUUCCUUUUAUAGUUAGAGGAACCUCUUCCUUUUUACAGUGCUUAAAACAAUAGGGGAGGUUGAAGUGUUAGUGGAGGACUUGGGUAUCGUUUGAGAAGUAGUUUUUGUUGAACACAUUCCCCUAAAUAUUGACACAAACAUUUCAACCCCUUCGAUGCUCUUUGGACACUCGGAGCAUCGCAUAACCAGACACAUAACAGCCUGAACCCAUUUGACUGUAGAGCAAUUCCUGAAAAUUCUAUUUCAUAGACUUCUUUCAUGUUUAUCCAAAAUGAGGCGAGCAAGGGCAAAGAGCCUUGUUCUCCGGAUUUGGUGCUUUUGAGCGUGGCAUGGGGUGGGCGUGGGGGUGGGGGAGUGGGUGUGCUUCGAUAAAGGGUGCAUUCCUAUAGAUCUCUGGUGCUGAAGGGACUCGCGUUCCUUCCAGAGACUGCAUUUGACACACUUUAAGUACACACAAAUGAAUGGUAUCACAUGCAAUAUUUUAAUGGAGCAAUGGGAGAGGCUCUUUGAAACGGGGUUUUGCAUCUUUUUGUAACAUUUUGAUUUCUCUGGUGCCUUAUUCCUACUUGAUGCUGGCACUCACAUACCCACAGGGAACGGACACGGAAGUCAGCCUCGGGAGUGGGGACGCACGGGCGAUGCUGGAGCGUGCGGGGGCAGGGGAGGGGGUUGGGGGGAGCAUUGGGAGGUUGGUGUCGGUGGGCGGGGAAGAGACUAGAUGGCAUCUCUUAGCUGGAGCCGAGCGGGAACUGCACAAACCCAUACAAAGCGAACAAUUCCGACCUGCAGACACACCGCAAACCCACCCUUCCUCAUCUGAGCUUUCCUUCCUUCUUCCUCUUUUAUCUCCGCCUUCUCGUCAAGGUGCUGCUGCUGCUGUGCUGCUAAAGGUGCCCGGAGUCCAGAAUGCCCAGUAAUCACUCAGGCACAAGCCUGGCACUGCCACGUCAGCCCCGGGCACGAUCAAACCCAGGUUUCUCUUGCUUGGGGCUGAGAACCGUCAGAUUUUUCUCAUCAAAAAUGUUUUCCAAGGAAUCAGUAGAUCACAGUUAUUCUGCAUUGAAAAUGCACUUUAAAAAAUAAAUAAAAGCUCCAGACUGUUUAAAAUGUACAGAGGGAGCAGGGGAAAGAUAAACAUGUGCUAGUGUCUGAACCCAGUUCAGUUUAUCUCCAGUUGAAACAAUAUACACUAUAUUAUGUAUAAAUGUAUACACACUUCCUAUAUAUAUCCAUAUAUAUAUAUAGUGUAUAUAUUAUACAUGUAUAGGCGUGUAUAUGUGCAUAUAUACACACAUGCACAUAACAAAAUCAGAUGUUCAUCAUAAACCCAGAUGCUCAUGACAGAUGCUACCCAAACAGCAGCAGAGGAAACAAGGUUGGACUCUUGCAACAGAUCACAAAAAAUAAAAACAGCCACUUGCAGUGACUUUGGUUAUUUCUGUAUGUUCACAAGGAAUGGAUUGUAACAAAGAAAAAAAAAGGAACAGUGUUAGUGAAAGAGGAAAAAAUGGGCGAGACCAUCUUGAUCCAAUGGGAAUGCAGUAAUGUUCUAUACCAUUUCACCUGUUAUUUCUUUUAGUCAACGUUGAUUUGAUUUCAGUUUUUGGCCAUUAAAAAAAUUUUUUUAGACUCAAGUGACCCACAACAAACUGAAUAAAACUACAGUGAAAGCCCUUUUCAAUGGAAGAUGUCAGAAAUCUCAAAACCCUUGGCCUGGCUCAGAACUACCAUGUGCAAAUCAGUACUCUCUUAAUGUUUGAAAUAAAAACUGAAGAAAAAAAAAAACUUUUUUGAAGCACCUUAAUGUGGCCAUCCAUUCAAGGAGUGGGUGCCACUUUUUUCUUUGAGCACCUUAUCGACGUGUUUUGCUAUCUGCUGUCUUUCUGUUACCUGUUGGCUGAAUGGCUAGCUGUUAACAUGCGCAUGUGCACAGACCAGACGUCUGGACAUGUGUGUUCUCAAUGAAGUUUACUGUGGUGACUGCUGAAAGGUGAACCCAUUUCCUGAUUUUCCCGCCACAGUGUUGUGAUAAGAUUCGAAGAAACCCUAUUCCCUGCACAGAAAUGUUUCUUAUCACAUUGUAUCUUAGUAUGGAAAGGAAUAUGGUCCCUUUUUUGCAAUUGCUACUGUACACACACACACACACACAAUCACACACAUGCACAUAUUCAUUCGUCCAAGUGGUAUUUUCAAUGUCUGUGCGGGUGUCACUGUUUAUGCAGUAUCUAUUUCCCAGUGAACUUUGAAUGGAGGGCAACUUUUCUAACCAGAUUGUCUUUUCAGACUGAAGACCUGAGAACUGGGGAAGAGUUUGGAAAGAGGGAAAGACAAGGAAAGAGUGAGCUUUAAAUUGAAAGAAUAAUUUCCUAACAGGAACUUGGGCUCAAUGACUGCAGAGACUAUACCCUCCGAUCUUUGCAGGUGGGCAUGGAACACUGCUUGUAUCAAUCCGUGUACCCUCUAAAUCCAUGUGUACACAACACACACAUCCAUCCAUCCAUCAGUAUAUACAUGGUUUGGGAUGAGCAGGUCAAUAGUUUUGAGAGGGAGUUUGUUCCUUUUUUUUUUUUCCUCAUUAUACUCUUAAAUUGUUGUCAGUUAUCAAACAAACAAAAAUUGUUUUGAAAAACCUUGCAUACGCCUUUUCUAUCAAGUGCUUUAAAAUAUAGACUAAAUACACACAUCCUGCCAGUUUUUUCUUACAGUGACAGUAUCCUUACCUGCCAUUUAAUAUUAGCCUCGUAUUUUUCUCACGUAUAUUUACCUGUGACUUGUAUUUGUUAUUUAAACAGGAAAAAAACAUUCAAAAAAAGAAAAAUUAACUGUAGCGCUUCAUUAUACUAUUAUAUUAUUAUUAUUAUUGUGACAUUUUGGAAUACUGUGAAGUUUUAUCUCUUGCAUAUACUUUAUACGGAAGUAUUACGCCUUAAAAAUACGAAAAUAAAUUUUACAAGGUUUC